AAGGAGGAGCAGCAGGCUGUCAUAGGGAGCAGAGCAAACACAGGCAGACAGCAGCAGCAGGCAGUGACAGUGAUACACGGGAGGAGGGAGAGGAAACCAAUGAAUAUACAGAUCUAGGUCCAGGGAUUAGACAGUCAGUUAUUGUGAUUAAGAUUAUCAGCAGCUAAAGGAGGUCACAAUAGAUGUAUGUGCUGGAGAGGCAGGAUUAGCUGUCUGUAGGUGGGUUUAGGGAAGCUGCAGUCUCCAUCUCUCAGUGACACAGACAGACAGACAGACAGGUAAGGUAGGUAGGUGUCCAGGCAGAGGAGGUUGCAAUGCCGGCUGAUGUAUGGCGAGCUGCCUGCUGGCUGAUGCUGGUGCUGGGCUGCUGGUCCCUGUCUUCUUCCUCCGAGGCGACCGGCAGGAGGAGGAGGCUGAGCCGUGAGCCCGGGGGGAUCUCCUUCGAGUAUCACCGCUACCGGGAGCUGCGGGAGGCGCUGGUGUCCGUGUGGCUGCAAUGUCCGUCCAUCAGCAGGCUGUACACGGCGGGCCAGAGCUACGAGGGCCGCCUGCUGCUGGUCAUAGAGAUAUCUGACAACCCUGGACAGCAUGAACCUGGUGAGUGUGACACAGAGACCCGGACACACAAUGACAAACAAUCACACUGAGUGACACACAAACACAGCGACACGAUCAUACAUAGACACACAGCUAUAGACAAAGGCAAGCUGCCACUGCACAGUGAUACAAAACGACAAGCUGCUAUAUAUAAGCACAGGCACAAACAGGCAGAUAAAAUAAACCAUGACAAUAUGGCAUACACAAUGACAAUAUAGCAUACACAAUGACAAGAUGCUGUACACAGUGAUACACAAUGGCAAGGUGUUAAGCACUGCAAUACAUAAUGUGCACAGUCAUAAAAAUACCAAUCUGCUGUGCACAUUAAUACACAAUUAAAAACUGAUGUACAGUGAUACACAACUGGAAGAAUUUACACACAGUAACACACAAUGGCAGGUUGCUGUACACCAUAAUAGCACACUGAAUUGCUAUAUACAGUAGUACAUUAUGGCAAGCUGCUGCACACAGUAAUGCACAUGUAUUAGUUGCUGAAUAACCUGAUACAAAAUGGCAAGCCAUUAUCCACAGUGACACACAAUGGCUAGCUGCUGUACUUAAUAACACAAAAUGGCAGGCUAAACAUGUUCAGAUGUGUACAACCUCAUAUAAUCACUAAACAUGGUAAAAGGACAAUGAGCACACACAGGUUACAGGAGGAAAAUUAAAUGCAGUAGUUUGCAGUGUUUUAGUGAAUUGUAAAGCAGGAUGGUAUAGCAUUCCCAGUGACAGGAAUUAUACACAUGGAUGAGUGGAUUUGGGAUGUACAGACAUUACAUGCACAGAAAUAAAGUCCUUUAAAAUAGUAUUUACAGUGUCAACAGCAAAAUAACAUAUUCAACAAAAUCCACUGAGGACAAUGGAGUCACAGGAAUAUAAAUGUCAAAUGCUGCCCACUGACUACAAAUGUGAGUAUAAGUCAGGCCAAGUAAUACCAAGUAAUAUGUAGUGAUGUUUGGCAAUUCUGAUUCUCCGUAAAAAAACGUGCGUAUUAAUGUAAAAUCAGACAGAGAGAUGGUGAAACCACAUAAAGAGCUUCAAGUACUUGCCUGGGGCCAAUGACAUCCCCCGUCUGAGGGGGAAGGAGUGAGACCUGUGAAAUCGUGAGAAUAUUGUUGUACAGUAUUUGUAAAGAAACAAACAUCUUAACAUUGCUCUAGCAAUAGCCAUAUAAUAUACAUCAUAACACGAGUAAGAUAUAAACAAAUAUAUAAAUAAAUAUGCAUACAACAUUUUAUCAAUUGGCUGCAACUUUUAUUUGGGCUUUAUCAAUUAUAAUAAUUAAUAUAGUUUAGUGAAUAAUCCCAUAUAUUGCCAGGUACAAUUUUACAUUUAAACAUGUGCUUUAGACACCAAAAUCAGUCUAGUGCCAGGCACAAGUAAGAACAGAUAUUAAACAAAUACUUGAGAGUCCAGUUUCUAAGUGUUUAGAUGUACUAGAUUUUUGUACCAAAAGUAAUAUAAAUGUAAACCCUGGAGAGGUGCAGAUAUAAAUGAACGGCCCAUGUUUAUGUCUCACACUGUCCUUGAGCUUAUUAUUAUAAUUUAUAAAUAAAUUACAUAUUCCACAGGGCUAUAUAACGGAUAAACUUGCUUUUGACCAUUGUAUUCCCUCCAUCCUCUUCUAAUUUCCAACUUUACACCCAAUCUGCCUCUCACUACAUUCUCACCUCUCAUUUUGUAAUUUGCCUUACUUACAUGCUUUUUUUUCUACACUUUUUCUUUUCUCCUUACUAAAAUAUUUUCUCUUUACCACCUCCUCGUAACACCAUCUGUGUCGCUCCCUCCUUACGUCAACCCAUGAACUUUUUUUUUACACAGAUAUUCCCUUUCUCCACCCGCUUUCUCCAUCCUCAAAAGUUAAACCCUAGCAUUUACUACAUUGAUUUAAAUGCUAUUUGUACCUUCUCCUACUACCCAUCCUUCUGCUCCUGGCAAUCAGUGAUAUCUCCCCAAACCCUGUAUACGGCCCUCUGACUCCAUUGCACUAGCCCUAGAAAUCCAGCCAAUGCUAUAUCCAUUCCAUAUGACUCUACUCUACUCCUCUUUUUGACAUGUUGUCUGGAAUUAAUGCUUAGAAUGCAAUAUCCCAAAAUCAACAGUUAUCCAUGACUUUUUUUAAAUCUCACAUAACCUCAUUUUACUGGUAUUAACUGAAACCUAGCUCUCUAUUUCGGAUACUGCUACCUCUGCCUAAUUAUCCUUUGUAUGCCUUCUGUUAACUCACACUCCAAAACUAUGUGGCAGGUUAAGAUUUUUUCCUUCCUAAUAUGGUCCUUCAAACUACAGCCCCCCCUCCCCUUCCUUCACUUUCUCCUCAUUUUAAGUCCACCCCAUGCCCGAGGUAAAACCAAUCUCUGCUCACAUUGCUGUUACAUAUUACCUCCAUGGUUUGCAUCUCCCUUUCUCCAACCAUUUCUCUGCUGGGCUUCCCCCUUCCUUUCUUGUAAAAUUGCUUUACUCAUCCUUGGGGACUUUAAUAUUCCAACUACCCACCUUUUAGCCCAUCUGUAUUUUCUUCUGUCCAAUAUUGGUAAUCUCUAUGUAAAUCUCUUCCAUCACUGCUGUCCUGGACAAGGUAACCUUACUCAAAGCCAUAUAACUAAACACAAUCCUCUUCCUUGAUAACUAAUUAUAUUUAUCAUCCAUCAUGCUCAUAAUUUCAAGCAGAUGUUUGAUACAUUCAACACCUACUUUUCCCAGCCAUCACCCCUCAUUAUAUUAAACCUUACAGCUAACAACUGUGGUUAUUUUACUAACAAGAUUUACCAAUUAAAGGACCACUAUAGUGCCAGGAAAACAUACUCGUUUUCCUGGCACUAUAGUGCCCUGAGGGUGCCCCCAGCCUCAGGGUCCCCCUCCUGCCCGGCUCUGGAAAGGGGAAAGGGGUAAAAACUUACCUUUUUCCAGUGCUGGGCAGAGAGCUCUCCUCCUCCAAUCCUCCUUCUCUCCUCCCCGUCGGCUGAAUGCGCACGCGCGGCAAGAGCUGCGCGCGCAUUCAGCCGGUCACAUAGGAAAGCAUUCAUAAUGCUUUCCUAUGGACGCUGGCGUGCUCUCACUGUGGAAAUAAGGGAAGGCUUAACCCAUUCAUAAACAUAGCAGUUUCUCUGAAACUGCUAUGUUUAUGAAAAAAUGGGUUAACCCUAGCUGGACCUGGCACCCAGACCACUUCAUUAAGCUGAAGUGGUCUGGGUGCCUAGAGUGGUCCUUUAAGAAAAAAAAAUCCCCCCCACCCCCACUUCUCUAUCUCAUCCAGACAUCAACCAUGCUUCAUCUAUUCUUUGGAUCUUCACCCCAGUAACAGGAGCUGUCUGUAUGUCUCCUUUCUUCUUAUCCCUCCAUCUGUUCCCAUUUCCUCUCAUCGGAUCUCUUGUCCCUGGCCUCUACCAUCCAGGUAUAUCUUUCUUCUGGUGUUGCCCCACAACCCUUAGAUAUGGUACUUUCAAUUAUAUCCUAAAAAGCCAACUCUCAACCCAACUUCACCAUCUAACUACCACCCUGUAUGCGUACUUCCUUUUCCCACAGAGCUUUUGGAAUGACUUGUCUAUACCUGACUGAUUUCUUUUCUUGACCCUCUCCUUGAUUCUCAUCAAUCCAGCUUCCAUCCUCAGCAUUUUACUGAAGCUGCUCUAACUAAAGUGUCUAAUUGUAUAAUUGUAAUUAAAUACAAAAGCCACUACACCAUGCAAAUGCUCUUAGACCUGUCUGCUACGUUUGACACAGCUGACUCACUUGACUCUCCUUCUCCAAAUCCUUCACACCCUUGGUCUUCGUGACACUGUCCUUUUCUGGUUCUCAUCCCAUCUCUCCUUACACUCUUUCAGUAUAUAAUUUUCUGUUAACAUCACUCGCCCUCCUUACCUCAACUUAUCUCCAUGGAAGUCCCUCAAAGCUCUGUCCUUGUCCAUUUUCUGUUUUCUCUGUAUACUCUCUUGGCAAACUUAUUAGUUCCUUUUGAUACCAGUACCAGGGCUGAAUUUUCCAUUAGACAGGGUAGGCACGUGUCUACAAGGGCCUGUCCUAAACAAGUACCUUGUUUCUGAAGUUAUAAUAUGCCUUUUGAUGGGCACAGGCAGGUGCCAGGAUCCUUGACCAGUGUCCUCGGAAGUCCACCGUGCUUCCUAUUUUUGAUAUCAGAGCUACAGGAACACUUAUAGAGGGUGCAAAACCCAGUGUUGUCCCAGUGUUUGUCUAUAAGGCUGGACAGGAAGUAGAAGAACAACAGAAUACAUAGGAGGGUAAAUACUUUGCAAAUAACCUAUCAAACACCCCAUGUACUCCAAUUCUAAAAUACUAAAUGAACCCCACACUAACCCUAACCGCUAUAAUUCUAAACACUCCUUCCUUAUACAACAAAUAUAACCCCUCUCAAACUUUCAAUCAUCUAACACUAAAAAUGCUAUAUAAUAUAAUUUGGAUGUUACCUCCUCUCAAAUCUUAAGCCCUUUACUCUAAUCACUUUUAAAAUAAUCUUUAACCAUGCAUGCAUUUAAAAUUGGGUUGCUGUGGUGGGUGGGGGGGGGGGUGGUAAAGGGGGCAGGUCAGUGAUGCACUUUCAUCAUCGGCUCCACCCCCUUUACUGUCAGUAGCCUGAGGUGGCUAAUAACUACCUCUAAAACUGUAGUUCAACAGCCAACUGAAAGCAAGCAGCUAGCUCAGUUAUCUUGAACCAUAUUUGAAUUAAAACUGAAUAAAAUCAUGAAAAGUUGCAUAUUAAUGGAUAUAAUCACUAAAUAGCGUAUUAUCAGCUAAUAACCAAUGAUGAAACAUUUUUAUUAAAAUAGGCGAGUUGAUUUUUUUUUUUUAUACCACAACUUUCUGGUGAGUUUAUACACCGUUAACAAUAUUGUUUCUUUAUAUUGUGUUUUAUAAACCAUAUAGCAGUGACGUAGCGUUUAAUAGUCGUAGCUGGAUAAAUAUCAAUGAACUAUAAUCCUAAUCUUGCAUAGAUAAUAUGUGUUUCAACAAAAAUCACUGUAGUCUUAUCAUGGUUUCACGUUAAAAAUUUUGAGAAACACAAUGGUAUACCUUCACAGACCAUAGGAAACAACAAAUGCCAUCUCUUUCACAGUCUAAAAAAGCCAUACCCACACAAAAUCAACACAUUGCUCAACACUCCUUUAACUGAAAUCACAAAACUCCUCUAUUAUUACAACCACCCACGGAUCUAUAAAAAAAACAAGGUGUAACUAAUGCCAUCUCCACAAAAAAAUAAUAUAUUUUUUAUUUUUUUCACAUUUUUUUCCACUCUCUUAACUUAAGCCAUGAUUUAAUUUGUUUAAAUCAGGUUGAGAAAUUAUUCCAUUCUGUUAGAAAAAAACUUUUAGAAUGAUUUAUCAACAUAAUUUCACAUAUACUUUAAUGGUGACCUCUGUAGAUAAAUUUGACAUUUUCUUCCUAACAUUAUUGAAUAAUUUCUGAUUCAGAUUCAAACAAAUUAAAUCAAAGCCUUGGGCCUCAGUUUAAUUCUUUUCGAUAAGCUUUUCAAAUGAUCAUAAUCUAUUAAAAAACUGUUUCAGUUUAUUUAUGUCAGGAAGUCACCAUUGAAGUCUAUGGAAAUUUUUGUAGAGAGAUUAUUUGAAAUGUUUUUUCUAAUAAUAAUGUGAUCAUAUAAAAAGUUUAUCCACAAUAAUUAUCUUAAGGCCCCUAAGCUGUAUGAGGUUUCCACAAAUGAUCCAUUAAUAAAUUAGGUAAUAAUUAUUACAAAACAGGGUCAAGUAUGCAAAUACAUGUAAUAUAGGCCUCAAUUGAAUCAUUUUGGCUGAGCUUUUCAAAUUGUUUAAAAUUUUUGUAAAAUUUGCCAAAUUGACAUAAGCACAAGAGUUGACAUAUGAGUUAUGCAAAGUGCCAAAUGAUGCACUUUGGGGUGCAACUACCCAAAAUGGUAGAGUUAGAGAAAACAGCACUUGAAAAUGAUUUUGGAAUAGUAAUAUGCAUUAAAUUAGGCAACAAUGCCCAAAGUCAAUUUGCAGUUACUUAGUAGGGUAUUGUUAUGCAAAAAGUUUCCCUGGAUAAAAAUAUAAUUUUGCCUCUUUAUAAAUCAAUGGUAAGACCACAUGUUGAGUAAGCUGAACAAUUUUGGCCACCUGUUCUUACGGCACUGGAAAAAGUUCAGAGGUGAGCUACAAAAUUAAUGUGGGGAAUGGAAGAGCUGACUUACACAGAAAAACUAACAAAUUUAAAUCUUUUCACUUUAGAAAUAUAAAAAAAAUAUUUUAAAAAUUCUAUUAACAUUAUAGAAAUAUAUUCUGCAAAUGCAAACCAUUAUCUAGAAAUCUAUUAAUUAUAUAUUACUUACGGAGAAAGACUAACACAUCUAAAUCUUUUCACUUUAGAAAAAGAUUAUGUUAAAAAGAUUAUGAUAACAUUAUAGAAAUAUUUUCCAGGCCAAUGCAAACCAUUAUCUAGAUUUCUUUUUAUUAAUAUGACUAUAAGUAGGAUACAAGGUCACCCAUUCAGACUGGAACAAAGGCAAUUUAGUGUAAGGCAAAGGAAAGGGUUUUUGGCAGUAAAAACAAUCAGGAUGUUGAAUUCUCUGCCUGUAGAGGUGAUUUUAUGAGAGCUUGUUCAGAUUUUUACACAACGACUGGAUGAAAUCUGCAAAAACAUAAUAUUCAUGAAUAUAAAAUUUAACAUGUAAGGUAACAGCGUCAUGAUCCGAGGAGAGAUCUGGCUGCCAUUCUGACGUGGGACGGGAUUUUUUUCCUAGUUUGUUGCAAAAUUGGAAAGUGCUUCAAACUGUGUUUUUGACUUCUUUUCAAUCAUCAGCAGAAACAGAUAUGAGAUAUGUACUUGAUGGAUGCACAUCUUUUUACAGCCUAUGUUACUAUGUCUACUAAAUUGGAAACUAUUUACUGUGCCUAAUGGUGUGUAUCCUGUCAUCAUGUCAUACACUGCACAUCCGUUUGGCACUUAUCACAUUAAUACAGCAUAAUAUAAUAGUUUAAUUUGGACAGGUUUGGUCCAUCUAUCGUUUCUGCAGUCUGUAUCUCUGUUGCACUUUGUGAAUAUUUACUGUUGUCAAGAAUUCAAGUAAAUUUAAAUAAAAUAUGUCUGCUAGGAAAAAAAAGUCUAGUGAAUGGUUCCUACUUAACAUAAAAAGUAAAAAGAAAAAAAAAGGAAGAAUUCUUGUUAUUAGAGAUGUACCAAUGGGAUGACCAAUUCUUAAAAAACCAGCACAGAGGUCUAUACGUUCUCUAGUAACAUGAAAGGCAUUGCAAACAAUAUGCUCUCCUUUAUGUAAUGAAAUAGUAACAAUAUAAAAUAACAUCACACAGUUCCCAAAAGUUCUGGACCAUUAGCCAAAAGACCAUGGGAUGACUAAUCAUUUGCACCUGCAAUGCCACUCUCCAUGCCCCCUUUAUACAUAUGUCUGGGUGUAACGGUCCCUUGGUUGUUAAUAAGUGGCAGUUAGGGUUGUCCCUUGACCAAUAUUCUACAAUUCUUAUUCUACAAAAUCAUUUUUACAAUUAUAAUUUAGCUGUUGUAUAUUUGCAUCUAUUAAAUUCAAUCCUUGAACAAUGUAUCCUAUUAAAGCACAUAAUGCCUAUGCCCUAAUCCUUUAGUACAUUAGAAAUGGGUCCAGUACAUCAUGACAGUGCUGAGUUACAGGUGAACCUACUUAUAUGGUCAUACAAUCCAUUAGAUACCUUACACAAACUUGUUAUUAUGUACACUGACAAAGUAAUCUCAAAGUAAUCUCAAAAUACCAUUUAGGGGAGGGUGGGGCCUGACCUCGAAGCAGAGAGGACGUAAAUCACAGCAGCUCCUGCUCAAUACAGCAAUUAUAGCGAAUUUUCAGGGCCAACACGGCUAAUAAGCGAGACAGAAAGGCUACCCAGAGUGCGGUGACAUCGGGGUGCACAGGUAAACACCAAACAAGCGACGAACAAAACCCCAUCCACCCGACACAAUGGUGAGGCCUACAAGCAUGGCGGGCGCAGGGGGGACGGCCGCUUUCCUGCAGCCACGACCGGCCAAGAGUCAGGCCUUGGGCCCUCGUUCCCCCCCCCUCUGGACCGGUGGGGCUUAUCCCGGUCUACCCCCACAAGAUACCCCUACAUAGCGGUGGAAAAACAACCACGAUACAGAGACCCGAACCUACCGUCACAAAGGCCUCCAAAAUGGAGGAUGCCAUCCAUACAGCCUACCCACAAAAUGUGUGGCUGGAAACAGAGCUCCGGCUAAACCUCAUCUUCUCCUCCUUCUGGAAGCAAUUGAAGGCUCGCAUGCGGACUCUGAAAUACAAGCCACUGACUGCAGACUGGUCACGCACUGCACCACGAGGUACCCAACGGAGUGAAGCAGAAGCUCCGCCUAACCCUGCACCCGCGAAAGUCCAUCCCCAGCAAGGGGCCACCUCGGGACCACACCUGAGCACCAGGAUGGGCAGCAGCAAAACGGGGCCUGGAGCCCUGGGGAUACCCAAGAGAGGACCCCCACGGCACCCUCAUCGAAGACCUGCACCGAGACUCAAGCCUCAAAGGGGCAAGACCGGCCCGACACAGCGAAUGAAAUGGAGGGGCGCAAAGCUCAGAGAGGAGAACGCGAUGAGAACACACACAGGGAGCUGUCCCAGUCCAAGACAGGCGAACCCAGCCCGGCACACUGAUUGGAAGGCACUAUAUGCACUAGCCAACACAUCCCCACAUAGCUCAGGGGCUCUAAGCUUCCUCGCACCGGGGAGACUGCACAAGCUGCAACGACCAACAGUGGGGGCACGCGUCCAGCCCCAACAAGGCAUCGGCUGACCCCAAUGGGACUUGGACUCAAAGUCAGGCAAAAUGCCCAUUGUUACUCAGUUUCCUAUGCCCCAAGUGAACUUCUACGUAUGUCGGCUGGCAUCUAUAUUCUGUGUUUGACUUUGUUUUAUGGACUGCUCGCACAGGGGAUCACGGGGGGGUAUUAUCCGUAGUCCAUCGAUUAAACGCUAAGUAUACCCAUGCUUAGACUAGCCCAUGCUCAAGCGAGUAUUAUACUUUUAUUUUCUUUAUUUUAGUGCAAUCUUAUCAAUAUGCUGCCUAGCAGUUAGGUUUCAUGUGUUAUAUUUAAUCUUUCCCCCACAAACACUGCUGGAACAUUAUAAGACCUGCUAUAUUAAUGCCAUGCACUUUCGAAAUCAUUAUUUUUUUUCACAUCUGACCAUGCUUAAUAUCUACUUAAAUAUAAAAUUGUGCACAUAUUCAAUCUAGACUACGCCUUUGUUACAUGUGUUUUACCUAUGCAUGAGGAUUGCCGUUGGGGUACCUCACGCGCUUAUGUUAAAUUAAUAUGCACUGCAAAAAAAAAUAAUACCAUUUAGGGGUUAUGCAUUAUAGUAACCUCAACGAUCUUAAUAUAGGGCUAGAAUGGCUGUUUUACAAGAGUAAUGACAGGAAAUAACCUUGGCCAUAUAUACGGUAAUAUGUUUUGCUGUGUGUGUUCUGGAAGUUAUCAUCAUGAUAUUCUUUGUAAAAAAAGCAUUUUGAGUGAUUAUCUUUUAGGACCAUUUUAGCAGUUUAAGGUUUAUGACCUAGAGUACACUCCAUUAGUUUUCAGACUCAUAGAAUGUCAUAUAUGAUCAAGUAAAUAGUCCACAAAUUCCUGAUAGCAUUCUCCUAAAGACCAUUUAUGAUAUUAAUAAUAAAUUAUCACCAAAGCAUAUUAAGGGAGAACACCAAACAUGUAAAAUGUUGUAUGACUGUUGUAUGAAGAAUGUGUCCUCUUUUUUCAUUUUAUAAAAGUGCUGAUUGUAAUAGAAAUCACUACUUUUAUAUUUAAAUGUUGGCACACCUCACUGUUAGGCGCUAUCAGUUAGGCAGUUGGUCCUGCUAAAUUGUGUGCAUCACUUUUUAUUACUAAUAAUAUUUAGUUUUCUGCUUAGUUUGUAAAUGUAAUCAAUUGUGAAAAUAAGCAGGAAAAAAGCAUAAAUCCAAGAAGAAUAUAAUGUUUGUGUGUGUGCGUGUAUGUAGGGGGAGAGGAUCAGCUAUGUUGGAGCACUACAGUAAAGUUGCAACAAAAGGUGCAAAAAAGCCCAAAUAAAUAAAGUGUAGAUUAACGGGUUUAUACAUAGGAAAAUGGCUCACGCGAACAAAACCAGUGGACAUACUUUUUACACAUAACCUUCUGAGUUUGGAACACAGUCAUGAGUAUUUUUAACAAAUACUAAAAAUCUUAGUGUCUGUUAAAAAUUACAAGAGACAACCCCUUAUAUUUCUACUAUGAAUCUGCCAAGAUCAGUGACAUGUGUGGACACAAUAGGGAAUUUGCUUAACCCAAUUAUGGAAGGGCAUUUAUUUUGGACUCAUUUUAGGCUGGAAGAAAAUUAUGGGAAUAGUGACAACCUAUCUCUACUACACCAUAAAAUAAUCAUAGUCGAGUUUUCUGUGUGUUUUCUAAUUUAAAAGCACAGAUUUACCCGAAGGCACUUAUGUCACAUUAUAUGAUAAAUAAACCAAAAUAAACAUCAAUUUACAUGUAAAGUGGUCGAAGUUAAAUGUAAAUACUUUUAAUAAAGGUAUAGGAACGACAUUUACUGAAAUAGAAACUGACAAUAUACACAACCAUUUUUGUAUGUCAAGACAUUUCCCUUGUAUUGUUACUGCAUCAAAUUAACAUAUUUCAUCCAAAAUAAAUUAUUUAUUUAUUUAUAAAAUAUGUUACCAGGAAAGAUACAUUGAGAUUUCUCUCGUUUUCAAGUAUGUCCUGGGUCCACAAAACAUUGCAUUGUUACAAUUAGGGUACAAUAAAAUACAAAAACAAUGUUAAUACAGAAUAAAUACAAAAUUUAACAUCGAACAGGCAGGAAAUAUAUAAUCAACCAUGACAGGUGCAUUCUGUUUUGAGGUAUGUAGAGAGAGAUCUCUUAAAGGACUUUAGGCUUAGGGAAGAUUUUAAAUUGUGCGGGAGGUCGUUCCACAAUUUCGGUGCUCUGUAGAAAAAGGAGGAUCGGGCUGCUUUCUUUUUGUAUUGAGGUAGACUAAGUAAAGUGUUGGUACUGGAUCGGAGGUUAUAGGAAGUGGGAACAGCUGAGGAAAGCAUUUUGUUCAGGUAGGGUAGGAGUUUCCCAGAAAAGCUCUUAAACACAAGGCUGGAAAGAUGAAGGGUGCGUCUGGAUAUCAGCGACAGCCAGUUUAGUUCUUUUAGCAUGUCACAAUGGUGGGUCCUGUAAUUACAUUGUAGCACAAAUCGGCAGAACAAGUUAUACAAUGUAUUGAGUUUAUUAAUGUGGGAUUGCGAUGCAGAUGCAUAUACUACAUCCCCAUAAUCAAUGAUUGGCAUCAGCAUUUGCUGUACAAUCCUUUCCUUUACUGUAGGGCUUAGGCAGGAUUUGUUUCUGUACAGGGCACCUAGUUUUGGAUAAAGUUUAGAUGCAAGUUUUUCUAUGUGGAGGCCAAAAGAUAGAUUGGGGUCUAACAUCAUACCCAAGUAUUUGAAAAUGUAAAUACAUUCCGCUAAUCUGACAGGUUUCAGCUUUCAGAUGGUAAUAACAUGCUUCUAUAAUUUUGUCUUUCAGUAAGGCUCACAUAAAAUUUUGUAAAAUAAUCUAUUUUUAAACAAAGGUUUCUUCCAAUGUGAAUAUGAAUAAUGAUUUACAGAAACAUCUUAACCCCUACACUGCCAUCAUGAUGUAUUACUAAUACCUCAAACUUGUGGAUGUAAUAUACAUUCAUCAUAUUUUUUGUAGGACUUUUUUGAGAUAAAUCUGCAGAAUAUUUUAUUAAAUAGAAGAAUGAGCUGGCCACCAUGUUUGAUAUAUCUAUAAUUAUAUAUAGGGUCUUUCCUAAAUUUGUAUAACGCUCCACUAAUUUCACCAAAAUGUGCACUUUAGUUUAUAGCAAAGAUGUUUUCAAGAAGCAAUAGAUACAAAUUCACCAGGGAGCUGCAAACAUAGCUGACAGAUUUGGUUGAAUUGGUCUAUUUGGCAAUAAAAUUUAAAAUUCUAUGAUAAUUUCACAAUUAACAGUGUUAUUCACUAGUACUAAUUGUGGACAGUACUCAAAGGAAUUAUACAUUUUAGUUCAGAACAGUGUAACUGGAAAAAUAGCACAAAGCAAAGGAAUCUACAAAUACAAAAACAGACAUGCACAGGGCAACACUCUUUAGAAAACCAAAUAAGUGUGUUUUUCAAAAUAUAAAAUAUAGAAGGCAUGUCUCCCAAUUAAGGGUAGUAAACCAGCAGUCCACGUAUCUUCCUUUAUAGGCUCCUCUUACACAUUAAUUUAAAAGAGAAAUACAAUUUAGUGUGUACUUGUAAAGCACAAACACUUUAAUCUAAAAAUACUCUUACAAUAACAAGAACACGUCACCAAAGAUGGUACCAGGUAUUUGUUUCACGGCACAGACUGUCCCAACUGCCUAGAACCCAAUACGCAGAACUUAGGUCAAAAUAGUAUAUAAAAUAGGAGCAUAUUAACGAGCCUUAUAGUGACUGGGCUUUAAUAAGGAUACUAGUGAACAAGCCAAGGCCAGACAGACAAGAUAAGACAAGCCAAUGAUAAGGGACAAUUGAAUGAAGAAUGGUCGAGAAACAAGCCACGUCAAGAUAGCCAAAAACAUAAAGCAGAACUGAUGUAUUCUAUAUUAACCCUUUCCCUUUAGCUCAUAUAGUGGAGGAGCAACAGAAAUCACAUUGCACCGUUCGAAGACUGUUAAGCAGGUUGUGACUAAUCUGCUCUAUAACCUUUAUAUUGUUGAGUUAAACGUGUCUGUAAAAUACUCCUAAUUGACUAAGCUACACUCUGGAUUUUGCAAAAUUCAAAGAUAAUUAAUGAUGCAAUUUGUCAUGGUUUUAACAAAAAUAAGAAACUAUAAAAAUGGAUUUUUGUUAAUUCUUACUCUGGAUUGGUUUAUUUUUAUGUAACUGAAUUUUUUUUAAAUUCAGUACGAAUACUGAAUGAAAAAGAAAUGUAUAAUUUCCUGUCUGGAGUGACCCUUUAAUUGCUAUUUUGGAUUACACUUUAUUUUGUUUUCUCUUGUUUUUUUUGUGAGUUUAUAUUAUUUUACGUUUUUUAAAGGACCACUAUAGUGCCAGGAAAACAAACUCGUUUUCCUGGCACUAUAGUGUUAAUAGGUCCCCCCCACCCUCAUGGCCCCCCUCCCGCCGGGCUGAAGUGGGAGCAAGGGGAUAAAUCUUACCUUUCUCCAGAGACGGGCUCCCUCGGUGCUGGGGACUCUCCUCCCUCUUCCGAUGUCAUCGGCUGAAUGCGCAUGCGCGGCAAGAGCUGCGCGCAUUCAGUCAGUCCAUAGGAAGCAGAAACGCCUCUAGCGGCUGUCAAUGAGACAGCCACUAGAGGCUGGAUUAACCCAUAUGUAAACAUAGCAGUUUCUCUGAAACUGCUAUGUAUACAGCAGGCAGGGUUAACCCUAGAUGGACCUGGCACCCAGACCACUUCAUUAAGCUUAAGUGGUUUGGGUGGGUAUAGCGGUCCUUUAAAAUGUAAAAUUUCAAAUGAAAUUCUAACAGAUGUGACUUGCUAGGUUCUGCAAGAUAAGAAACAUUUGUUUUAGAAGUGCUUGUCUUCUGUCAUUUUCUUUCCCCUGCCAGUAAUUCUCACCAGAGUUGUUAUAUACACAGAAGCAUAUGCAAAUUAUGAGAUCCCGAGUUACAGUGUGUUCUUAAAGAUGUCAUUCAAUUGAAAUGCAAAAAAACUGCUGAAAUACAUUAAGUACAAUCUCUGAAUUUUAGCAACUUGAAAAAUUAAAACUAAAUUAGCCAUUUGCAAUUCAUUUAGCUUCCACCAUAAUUGCUUUUCUCCUCAGCUUUUAUCCAACCAUAUCAUUAAAUGGAAAGGGUGAUUUAAAAUAGUGUAACUCUUAUGAAUCUCAGAAAGCACAGAGCAUGUAUGUCCUACCACAGCCCAGAGAUGAGGGACCUCUGUAUCGUGCACUGUCAGCCAUAGAUGACAUCACCCACUAUGCUGUGUGAUGAUUGAAAACAUAAUCUUCCCAGUGAAUUGUCAAGAUGAUCAUGCAAAAUAUAUGAGCUAUUUUUUAAGCGUUACCAAAGUUGAUGUUCUAAAAACAAUAUUUCCACUCCAGAUGUUAUGACUUACAAUUCCUGUACAUACCUCCCAACAUUUUAAAUGAGAAAGAGGGACACUUUAAUUUUAGUGUUUUAGUAAAGGGUGUGGGAAGGGGGCUGUUCUGAGAAUUUUUGGUGACUUACUAAUAAUAUUUUGUUUAGCUAAAGUAGAAUUUAGAACAAGAAGAAUGUAUUGUAUUUACACAGACUGAUUUCUAAACACAGUUAUUAUAGUUUAAAGACACAAUACUGUGCGUAUUAUUAUUGCUGUGGAGCUCUGUUAUACACACUAACAAUAUGGAGCUUCUAGAAAGCAGGAAUAUUAGGAUAGAAAAGAGGAGAAGGAGGGAUUUGGGCCCAAAAUGUGGACUUUCAUUUCUAGAUAGGGACACUUGGAAGGUAUGCUAUGACAUUCAGCAAACCAACAUGAAUCAUAUUACACUGCAGUCAGGCUGCCAGUCACUGCUGUUGCAAUUUGAGUCUUUUUCCCCCCUUUUUUUAUGCUUGUUUUGCACAAAUGGAAACAUCCUUUUAGUAGGUUUUUCAUGAUCGUGUUAACAAGGACCUGUGCUGUAGAAAGGUUCUCUAGUGGUCAUUUGAUUAAGGCAUGAAUAAUUUGUCCAAGACAUGUUACCAUGGUGACAUAGAGGAUUAGCAGACAGGAAUGAUUCUAUUGGCCUUUCUCUGCCUCUUCUUGCUGUUCUUGGUAACAUUAAUUUGUUCUCUCUCCUGCUGCUGUGUGUACAUGGCCAUCUGUUAUUACAGACCAUUUAACACUCAGGUCUGUUUAAACAGCAACAUACAAUGAGCUGGCUGUGCAUACCUUCUACUUAAUGCACAUGCUAAAAUUGUUUUAGAAUAUUGCUUGGCGGAAAGGUAAAUCAGAAUUUGGUUUUGUAGUGAAAGCAAAGUGCUUGCGUGAAAAUAAAUGCAGGGUGGUUCGUUCUCGCAAGAAGGAGUUGUGACAAAAGUGAUUUUGGGCCAAAUCGUUGAGUCUAAAAAAAAUAAAAAAAAUUUAUUUUGUCUUAAAUUUGGCAGCUGUUUUGUCAAAUUAGUCAUGUUUAGUAAAUAAGCGCUAAUGGCAAAAGUAUGCAUUGUGCAUUGGUAACUAUUAGUAAUUGUAACUGCAAUCAUACUGAGAUCUAACUAAGGCCAGAUUGAUUUCUCUGCUCAAGUUAACAUAUCACAGUAAAAGCAUUUUUUUGUCAUUCGAUGGUGCUGAGGUCAUUUCCUCAUUAUGCAUUGCUACUAUAUCGACAGUGAAAUGCUUCCCAUAAGGGCAAAAUUCUGGGAGUACAGAUAGUGUUGCCAUAGAGAAUCUAUUCCCAAAAGAACUGGGACCUUGAGAGGAUAAUGUAUAUUACCACAGAAGGAAAAAUAUUCUGCUCUCUUGUCUAAUUCUCUUUUGCAGGGAAUAAUUAAAAGAACAGAAACAACGAUACGCUAUAUAUACACAUACACCAUAAUGUAUCAGUGCAAACUGUGACCAUGCCUUUGGUGCAGAUUGUGCUCUAAUUGAAAAGGUUGCUUUUUGGGGCUCUCUAUCUAGUUGCCUGAAGGCUGACUGUAUAAUAUGUUUGUAGAAUUUUCAGUGUACAUUCUGCAAUAUGAAAUUAUUACAUUAGAUUUAAGGCAAGAGUAGCUGAACUGAAAACAUAGCUGACAGAUAAUAUUCCCAAUUUGUCUUUUUGACCUUAAAUUUUAAAUUAACUUUGAACAUCCCUGUUAAUAUGAUCCUAUCCUUAAACACUUGUUUGUGCAUGAUUCAGGGGUCUGUACUCUAAAACUGUAUAUGGGAAGGAAUUCACACUAGAUUGCUAGAUAUUUUUUUUAAAGGGACACUAUAAUCACCAGAACAACUACAGCUUAUUGUAUUUUUUUCUGGUGAGUAUAUUCAUUACCUUCAGGCUUUUUGCUGUAAACACAGUAUUUUCAGAAAAAAAUGCAGUCGUUACAUUACAGCCUAGUGAUAACUCCGCUGGCCACUCCUCAGAUGGCUGCUAGAGGUUAUUCCUGGGGCAGUGCUGCAGUGUGCAGUACUGGCAUUCAGUGUUUCCACCCUCUGCAUGGAGACACUGAACUUUCCUCAUAGAGGUGCAUUGAUUCAAUUCAUGAUGCUGAUUGGCCAGAGCUGUGUUUGGCUUGUGCUGGCUCUGCCCGGAUCUGCCUCCUUGACAGUCUAGCCAAUCCUAUGGGAAAACAUUGUGAUUGGCUCAGACCACUACUGCAGACUUGAACAAAAGUAAGAAUUUACUAUAUUUAAGGAGUCUAGAUGGUGGUUUUAACACUAUAGGGUCAGGAAUACAUGUUUGUGUUCCUGACUCCAUAGUGGUCCCUUAAGUAUAUAAAAUAAGCAAUCUAGUUUCCCAUCCAUCCAUCCAUCCAUCCAUCCGAAGGAGCAGUCAAUUGAAUGAGCAUAUGUAAAUAUACUAAAGUGUUAUAUGGUACACGCCAAGCUACAGCUCUAUCCAGAUUGCUUAAAAUCAUUCAUCUAAAAUAAAAAUGUAGAUUUUAGUGACCUUCUUUAUCUUUAUAUAAGAGAUUAUGCAUGGAAAUACGGAAUUAAAUAUGGGGUUAUUUGAUUUAAUAUCAAAUAAAGGAAGACAUAAGCAAGGUAGGCUGCCUGUUGUUGGUAGGUUAUUAGUAGUAGAAGAAGCUGUCUUAGGGUUUCCAUUUGUUUCCUUUGUCUAGGGGUUAACUAUUUCUAUAGUUUAUUUGCAAACAAUAAGGAGAUGUUGCUUCUUUAUUGUGAAUUAAAGCUUUAUUGGUGUGUGAUAGCAAGGCCAACACACAGGGUUACAUUAGGUGGAAUAAUACAACCAGGAAGGCCAAGAUGUAACAGAGAAGUAACAGGGCUGUAACAAGAUGUAAGGAGAUGUAACAAGGGCUUUGUUAAAUAUAUUGUUGACUCAAUUUUGAACAUAAGUAUCACGUUCCAAAAAAAAUAAAAAAAAUAAAAACUGUUAAACUAAAAUUAUAGAAAUAUAUGGUAUUUGUUUAAUUUAAAUAAUAUUUCUCAGUUGUACCUGCUAGUUUCUCAUUUGACCCCUGUCUGGUUUCGCUGUGCUGUAAACUGAAGCCAGUUCUGUUUUUCUGGAUUUAAUCUGGCAAAUCUUUUUGACAGGACUCUGUGGGUUGAAAAACAAAUCAUAUACAGGAUUAUGCAUUACAAAUGUUGCUGAUUAGAUGCUCCUUAGUAAAAUGAAAUGGAUAGCAUUUUCAAAGGCAUAGCAUUUUCAACACAAGCACAUGUUAAUUACAGCAGUAUACUCAGAUUUUAAACAUUUUCAAAUGUUAACAUUAUUUACCUAUUAAAGCGCCACUGUCACUCCCUCCCCCCACAUGAGAAAUUAAUAUUUCAUAAAGCUAGAAUUUUUAUGAAAUACUCAUUUUGACUGUGUUGGAUUUUCACUGAAAUUCUAACUUAGUUAAGAGCUAUACAGACACAAAGGAGGGAACUAGACUGUGGGUGGAGUUACUGUGUCAAUCUCGACAGAUGUCACCAGUGAUGGCUGCAGAGAAUUGGCUCUGUCUAUGGAUGAUCCCGCAGUCUCACAAGAUCUUCCAUAGACUUCACUGCUAUACUCUCGCGCAUGCAACUCCUUAAAUAGGACCUGCCAGAACAAGAUGGCCAUGCCUAUGAGGGACAGGUUCAGGAAAGUAAAUCUCACCUUUACAAGCCCCCAACGGCGAUGUCACCAUAGGCAGUCUUUGCGAAUUUGACGAAGUCCCCCGACGGCAACACUGCUGCUUAUGAUUACUGUGCCAUGAUUAAGAAUGUACGUAACAUUAAACUAAAUUAAGAAAUUAGUUAAUUAUAAUUUUAAAUUGAUAUUAAAGCAUUAAAUUGUGCGUAGAAGAGUGUAGAAUAAUAAGUGUCUGCUCUGCUUAUUUUCAGGAUCUAGUAUUAAAUUGGCAGGGUUGGCAGUGAUGCAAUUACAUAUAAAUGAUGUAUUAUGACUUUGACUACUAGCAUAUUGUCCUUUACUUUGUGCCUAAAAUGGACAGAACGAGGUCUGUUUACUAAAGAAUAAGUUGUGGUCAUUUUUAAGUUUUAAUAUUUUGAGAUUUGUGUCCCCCAACUAAGAAUGUGGGUUGCACGUUGGUUUUCGGGUCCACACAAUUCACUUCUUAGUAAAUAACCCCUCCCCCCUCCAAUUAUAAAUACAACAAAUUCUACUUCUAUCACUGAUAAGUGAGAACUGUUUAAUUUUGUUGAUGUCUUUGCUGAUCAUUAGUGAGUGGAAAAAUCCUUUGGGUACGUACAUAGAGUAUGUUUAUCCUCUGUGUACCUAAAUUAAAUAGCCAGCUGUUGCUUUUUUCGUCCCAUUUAAUGUACAUUCAUGCAGUGCACUUUCCUAGCUGUAGUUCCUUUUAUCCACCCACACACAUUAAUGGCAAUGCGUCAUCAGGAUUCAUUCUCCUCUGUUUUUCAAUGUGUGUACUGAAUUGAAUUGUUCAUGCUAACACAGUUCCUAAGGUAAUUAUUGUAACUGUACUGACAAAGUGUUCAUGUCAAAUGACUUCUAAUACGUGAGAUUUUAGACAUUCUAUAUACACAAAAUUAGAUCACACCAAUCCUGCUGCAGGUUAAAGACAUUGUAUAAUUUUAAUAAUUAAAAUGUUUUGCUGAGAUACUAGCUGAUAUCUACUAUUUACUUAUAAUAUACAUUUGAUGGACCAUGAACUUUUGAGUAUACGUAAUAAUUUAGCAUACUGCCACAAUAAAAAAUAUUACAAUGCAAUAAAAUUAAUCAUGAUGAAUAAUUGUGACACAGUCUCUAGAGUAUAUUAUCAAAGAAAAAAAAAAACCUUGAGAAAAUCGAUGUUAAAGCUCUUGUUAAAAAUGUUUUUUUAUUAAGAAUGCAUAAAAAGGAAUCUAUUGCCAUAAACGUUUUAAUAAUAAACAAAAAAAUAAAUAAAUUAUAUAUAUAUAUAUAUAUAUAUAUAUAUAUAUAUAUAUAUAUAUAUAUAUAUAUAUAUAUAAAUAAAAGUGUCUCAUCAUUCUGAAUAGGACUGAAUACAGAAGUCCAAAAACUAGUCUGAAACAAUCCCCAGAGAGAAAAUGAUGAACAAGGAUAGACAAAGUGUAGCUAAUGCAUACUAAGUAAGGGCAAAAGGUAAACAUCAAAGUUAAUAUUUUCCAACAUGUAACACUGCAAAACCUCACUAGGGGUUGUAGUUAUUGCCCACACAUAAUGUCCAAAUCUGCCUAAACCUCCACAAUUCUCAUUAUAUUGAAUAUACUCCUACAUGUUUUUGUAAGAGACAGUUACAGCAAUGGGUGUAAAUCCUCUCCAUCUAAAUAUAUUGCCAUGUUGCAGAUACCAAUAGUGCUGGUGUAGCGGAUUAUAUGAUAUUCUUAUCUUCACAUUGUUGCUAUGCACUUCCGAUAUGUCUAUAAGUUAUGUGGUACUAUUAUUAAAUGUCUAAAUGUUCUUAACCACAUUAACAUUCUGCUAGUGGAUGCAAUUUAGAUAUCUAGUAGUAAUAUUAAUCCUGCAAAUUUAAAUGAACACUCAAAGCACCAUAACCACUACAUCACACUUUAGUGGUUAUGGCUGCAGGAAGGCCCUGGCAACACCCAUUGUAAGUACUCAACCUCUCAGCUGUUUCUUGCUCUCCCAUUAUUUACAGUGGGACCAUUGAUUUACCUCUUGAAUCUAUUCCCAGUGGAUCCAGCGAACACUUACUGAAAGAAAUCCUUGAAGGGAUGUGUCAGAAAUAACAAGGAAUCGAUUGCCAUGCACGUGCCAUACAAUACUAUUUUGGGCAAGUGGUGACAAGAGAGAGCAGGAAUAUACAGAAAUAAAAAUUAGUUUUCUUGUGUAAAAACCCACUAAAAGCACAAAUGCUGCUAUGAUGCUUGGUGUUUCUCUUUAAUAAUGUACAUUUAGUGCUGCAAUAAUAAAAAAAAAAAAUAUAUAUAUAUAUAUAUAUAUAUAUAUAUAUAUAUAUAUAGACCUACUAGGAAAAAAAACAGACACAAAAAUUGAACAUUGACAUAAAUAUACAAAUAAAGAUAGUUGUCACUCACCCUUCCAUUACUUUGAUAUUGUAUUUCUCAAGAGCUUGAGAAAGACCCUAUGGGUAAUUUUGGAAUAAACUACACGAUUUUUUCACUAAAAUACCUCCCCUUUUUGCACGUAUAUGUAUAUAUAUUUAUAGUAGCAUAGUAUUAGUAUAAAUACUAAUACGAUAUACAUAUACAGUUGCAAGAAAAAGUAUGUGAACCCUUUGGAAUGAUCUGGAUUUCUGCACAAAUUGGUCAUAAAAUGUGAUCUGAUCAUUAUCUAAGUCACAACAAUAGACAAUCACAGUCUGUUUAAACUAAUAACACACAAAGAAUGAAAUGUUGCCAUGUUUUUAUUGAACACACCAUGUAAACAUUCACAGUGCAGGUGGAAAAAGUAUGUGAACCCUUGGACUGGUUGAACCUCCUUUGGCAGCAAUAACUUCAAACAAACGUUUCCUGUAGUUGCAGAUCAGACGUGCACAACGGUCAGGAGUAAUUCUUGACCAUUCCUCUUUAAAGAACUGUUUCAGUUCAGCAAUAUUCUUGGGAUGUCUGGUGUGAAUCGCUUUCUUGAGGUUAUGCCACAGCAUCUCAAUCGGGUUGAGGUCAGGACUCUGACUGGGCCACUUCAGAAGGCGUAUUUUCUUCUGUUUAAGCCAUUCUGUUGUUGAUUUACUUCUAUGCUUUGGGUCAUUGUCCUGUUGCAACACCCAUCUUUUGUUGAGCUUCAGCUGGUAGACAGAUGGCCUUAAGUUCUCCUGCAAAAUGUCUUGAUAAACUUGGGAAUUCAUUUUUCCUUCGAUGAUAGCAAUCCGUCCAGACCCUGACUCAGCAAAGCAGCCCCAAACCAUGAUGCCCCACCACCAUACUUCACAGUUGGGAUGAGGUUUUGAUGUUGGUGUGCUGUGCCUUUUUUUCGCCACACAUAGUGUUGUGUGUUUCUUCCAAACAACUCAACUUUGGUUUCAUUUGUCCACAGAAUAUUUUGCCAGUAUUGCUGUGAAUCAUCCAGGUGCUCUUGUGCAAACUGUAAACGUGCAGCAAUGUUUUGUUUGGACAGCAGUGGUAUCCUCUGUGGUAUCCUCCCAUGAAAUCCAUUCUUGUUUAGUGUUUUACGUAUUGUCGAUUCGCUAACAGGGAUGUUAGCAUCUGCCAGUGACUUUUGUAGGUCUUUAGCUGACACUCUAGGAUUCUUCUUCACCUCAUUGAGCAGUCUGCACUGUGCUCUUGCAGUCAUCUUUACAGGAUGGCCACUCCUAGGGAGAGUAGCAGCAGUGCUGAACUUUCUCCAUUUAUAGACAAUUUGUCUUACCAUGUACUGAUGAACAGCAAGGCUUUUGGAGAUACUUUUAUAACCCUUUCCAGCUUUAUGCAAGUCAACAAUUCUUAAUCGUAGGUCUUCUGAGAGCUCUUUUGUGUGAGGCAUCAUUCACAUCAGGCAAUGCUUCUUGUGAAACGCAAACCCAGAACUGGUGUGUGUUUUUUAUAGGGCAGGGCAGCUGUAACCAACACCUUCAAUCUCAUCUCAUUGAUUGGACUCCAGUUGGCUGACAUCUCACUCCAAUUAGCUCUUGGAGAUGUCAUUAGUCUAGGGGUUCACAUACUUUUUCCACCUGCACUGUGAAUGUUUACAUGGUGUGUUCAAUAAAAACAUGGCAACAUUUCAUUCUUUGUGUGUUAUUAGUUUAAGCAGACUGUGAUUGUCUAUUGUUGUGACUUAGAUGAUGAUCAGAUCACAUUUUAUGGCCAAUUUGUGCAGAAAUCCAUAUCAUUCCAAAGGGUUCACAUACUUUUUCUUGCAACUGUAUGUAUGCUACAUAGUCUACAUCUCUUCCUUGCUAACGUGAACACCCAAUUGAAUUAAACAGGCAUGGAUUUGUCAAUGUUCAAUUUCGGCACACAGAAGAAUUCAUUGGAAAUGCUGAUUGUUAAUAUAUAAAUGAUCUUGCACAACAUGCCCAGUUGCUCUAAGUAAUUGAGUUAAAUCAACAAACCCACAAUGUCAAUAGGGCUUCAGGAAGUCAUGUAACUCAUAUGGUUUUAAUGAAGCUGCAGGAUAUGUAAAAAGAUUGGGCAGUGAUGCAAAUCACUAUAUACAUUGAUCAGCAACAAUUAAAAACACUGACAGGUGAAGUGAAUAACAUUGAUUAUAUCGUUACAAUGGCACCUGUCAAGGGGUGGGAUAUAUUAGGCAGCAAGUAAGGAAUCAGUUCUUGAAUUUCAUGUGUUGGAGGCAGGAAAAAUAGAUAUGCGAAAAGAUCUGAGUGACUUUGAAAAGGGCCAAAUAUUAAUGGCUAGAUGACUGGGUCAGAGCAUCGCCAAAACAACAAGUCUUGAGAGCUGUUCCCGGUAUGCAAUGGUUAGUGCCUACCAAAGGUUGUGCAGAGAAGGACAACUGGUGAACCGGUGUCAGGGUCAUGAGUGCCCAGAAAGGUUAACCCAUCUGGUCUGAUCACACAAAGCAGUUCCUGUAGCUCAAACUGGUGAAAAACCUAAUGCAGGUCAUGAUAGCUAAACAUAAUAAGCCAUGAUAUCUAUCUUUCUAUCUAUCUAUAUAUAGUUCCAGACAGGGGCAAAAAUUCAGCCCAGGCAUUUAAUAGCACCCCAAUACAAGGGGGCAGGGAUUUCAUGUUUUUGGAUAAACUUUUCAAAUACAUUUUUCAAAAUAUUGAAAUUCCAAAAAAUAUAUCAUGUAUAAAAAAUAUGUCAAUAUAUUCAAAUAUAUCAAAAUAUUAAAAUACUUUUCAAAAUAUUAAAUCAUUUGAAAAUCUUAACCAAAAAAGGUAACAUUGAGGCCUCUAUUAGAUUCUCAUUAUGGCCUUGAUUUAAUAUUUUUGGUUACGUUUUUCAAAUGAUUUAAUAUUUCUGGAUAAACUUUUCAAAUGAUGUAUCUACAGAAGUUACCAUUAAAGCCUAUGGGAAUUUUAAAGAUAAAUAACUAAAAAGCUUUGUCCAAAAAUAUUAAAUGCAUAUGUUGAGAGACAGCAGUAAAAGGACCAUACAUAUUAUAUGUCCAAUUCUGUAUGUUUCAGACAUCGUAAUAGAUUAACUAAUAGAUUAUAUCUGUUGUGAAUAAUCUAAUGGGAUUAAGUAUUGUGUGUCACCUACACAAUGACUAACUUUGAAUAAAAUCAUACUUAAUUCCAAAAGUUAAAGAUGUGCGACUUUGCAGACAUGUAUAAUUACCCUUGAUGGUUUCUAAAAUAUUCUUCACCAUGAAUAUUCUCAUGUAUGAUGAUGCAUUUUUUUCUUUAAGGGACACUAUAAACACCAAACCAACUUUAGCUUAAUGGAGUAGUUUUGGUGUAUAGGUCAUGUCCCUUCAGUCUCACUAAAUCAGUCUAUGUGCCAAUUAUAAGAUAAAUCACUUUGUGUAUGCAGCCGAUGCCACACCUUCAAUGCAUGUAACUUGUAAAAUCUCCCUACAUAUUUCCUGUAAAGAGAGAUCUAUUGUUUAAGCCACCUGUAUUGUACAGUGUGUUUAAUUUAUAAUUUAUUCUCUUGCUCUGUAAAUAGCCUGCAUUAGCCUCCUGUGUGUGAUUAAAGUUUAACAGAGCAGGAGAAACACAUUUCUAAAGUGAAUACACUGUGCUGAUUGAAAAUAAAACAUAUUUUUCAUGUAGGUUGUGUGGCUAGGGCUGCAUGAACAGAAACAAAAGUAAUUUAACUCCUAAAUUAAAUUUAAAAUUAGCAGCACUUACAACCUUGUGACAAUUUUGUCACAAAACGAUUUAAUGAUAAUCACAAAACCAUAUUAUACAGUAUAUAUUUCAAGUUUCAUGGAGGUGCAAAACAAAUUAAAUAUAUAUUUGACAUGAUAGAAGAGAAGGUUUAAGUAAAAACAUGUUUGUAUUCUUUUUUCUAAAGGCAUUGUCCAGGCUGUUAUUAAAGGAGCACUACAGCAUUAGAAAUGAAUACAGUAGAUUUAGAUUGAUUUACAGUACCCUGUAAAAGAAGUUUCUUAUCUCUAAUUCAGCACUGAGAUCGUCUUCUCGGCCCUCUUCUUCACUCCUAGGAUAUCUUAACUAGUGAUGAUCUCCUGGCCAAUCCGAUGCGUCCCACAGAGAAGCAUUGGCAACCAGAGACCAUACUCAAUAAUCACCACUCUGCGCCAAUAGAAUGUUUCUCAUGGAGAAGCAUCAAAACCAAUGUGCUCAUUAUUUUCACUAGGCAUUCUGAUCAUAUCCCAUAAAUUCAUUUUUUCCAAAGGAGUUUAUGAUAUGUCUUGUUCACCAGAUAUUCAGGUUGUACCAGUUGACUCAAAUGGCAAUUGGCAUUCUGCCACCCCAUGCCCAUGGUCAAUGAAAAUAUAAUUUUUCUAAUUUUACAUCAUAAAGUUGCUUCCCAAUGAUGUCACUUGUUGCCCUACCAUUCCUUAAUAUUAUCUGAGACACAGGCAUGCAAAUAUGCGACCUGUACUGGUUUUAACAUACACGUAUCAAAAUAAUUAAUUUUAUUUUUUUAUUUUAGAAUCUUUAAAAUAUUUCUCUGUGGUCUUUUUGUACAGGUGAGCCUGAAUUUAAAUAUGUUGGAAACAUGCACGGGAAUGAAGCUGUUGGAAGAGAACUCCUUAUUUAUUUGGCUCAAUAUCUCUGCAAUGAAUACCAGAAAGGAAAUGAAACAAUCGUCAACCUAAUCCACAGUACUCGUAUCCACAUCAUGCCUUCUCUCAAUCCAGAUGGGUUUGAGAAAGCUGCCCAGCAGGUAAGUGGAUUCAUUAUCCAUAUCAACAAGGAGAUUCGUUUUCUGUCUAGAACUCUUUUAGUCAAAUCCUACAUUUUGAUAUACUUCAAUUAUAACAGUUACAGUGUACGUGAAAAGAUGGAAAUGCCUGCCAAGGACAACGUAGACAGAUGGCUUGUUCUUAUAAUACGCAGAUGGUCACAUUUUUCAUUGGCACCUUCCAUAGGCAUACAAUUAAAAAUAAUAAAAUUCUAGUUCUAUGGAGGAUUAACUCACUUUGAAGAAGUACCUUUACUUAGUCUGUGUUUCAUUGUUUACCGUGUCCAUUGCCUCGAUUUGUUUUUUCUGUGUUAGAAUACACUAUUUGUGAUGUAGCUGCAAGCCUAUUAAUAUACCAGUAACAUAGACUAGCAAUAAAAAUAGCAGAGACUAAAAAGAAAGGGAAGAGUGCAUUUCUGCUUUUAGAAUAAAUGUUAAUAUGGGAGGAGAAUACAUUGGCCUUCUUUACAGUGGGCUUUCGAUUCUGUAUGCACGGUCUACUUUUGCCCUCUAGAGGUUAUUUCUGGAAUAUCACCAUCUCUCACACUGAACACAAUUUGCUUUAGAGAAAAUGAAUGUAAAAUAAUAAUCUGCAUUACUCAGUAAAGUGUAAUUUAAUGUAAAUAUAAGCAAUAAGAAUAAAGUCAAUAGAUGAAUUAAUUUGCAUAAAAUUCAGCCGCAUUAAAGUUGUGAUGAAAUCAAGAAAGGAACAAAAACUCCCUACUGAUUUAAGCAACUUCUCAAUCAUGUAUGUUUGAGAAAUUGAAAUUCAGCUUAUGAUAAUGUUAAAAAAUAGGAGGUUUGCACAACUAUUCCAAAUGUCAUGCCAAAUAUGUACAUAAGCAAGAAAAUAAACCUUUCCUAUAAAAAUGCCAUAGUAUUGUGUAAGGAAGACAUAUGGGUUAAAAAUAAUAUAAAAACGCAGUGCGAUUUGUGCUUGUUUGCAUUAUUUUCAUUUUUCAUUUUAAUUUCAAACCUUAGGCUACCAAUCUGUGAGUAUGGCAGAGUUCUGAAAAUGUUUCCAACUCAGCAGUUUUUGCCUAAAGAUUUCAAUUCUGUUUUCUAUUCACUAUUUGUUGUUUAGUGAAUACACCCCACCGUUGCUUAAUGCUGCUGUUAUGAUCUGUAAAUUAUAAUGUGUAAACUGUAGAGUAGGAUGUUUGAGAAAAUAUACAACUUGCAUAAAACACAUUAAAUACAACUGUGAGUAAGUCUAAACAUAUAGAACCUAUAGACCAGGUGAUAUGCCCCAAUAAACUGCUAUUAAGUGCACAUUAAAAAUCAUAUAAAGGAAAGGGGCUUACAGCACCUACAGUCUGAUUUAACAUUCACAAUAAAAAGCACAGAUUGUACAAAUUAUGUUGUAUUUGAAAUCAUUAUUCUGUGUUGCAGUAAAUGCAUCAGAACUGCAACUGCAAUAUCUUCUGUUCAUAUGAAUUUCUAACCCAAAUGACACAAAUUUCAAAGAAAAAGCAUGGAUGACUUCCGCUGAAUUUCCAAAAAAGCAUGAAAAUAUUGAGUUAGGCACAAUGCAAUCUCUACUCGCUCAAAGUUGUGGGAAAAUUAGAUCAAUUACUAAAGUACCAGUUUCUUAUAGAAUUGUACCCACUGACAUGAAAUCCAUGUCAUACAAAGUCACAUGUCCAUUCUCCUUGUUCUACACCAGGGCUCUGCAGACUUCGGCCCUCCAGAUGUUGCUGGAUUAUAACUCACAUUAUUCUCUGGCUAUCUAUUUCAUUCAAGAAUCAUGAGAGUUGUACUCAUGGUCGGAUUGGGAAUGAAAAGCAGUCCUGGAAAAAAAUUCUAUAAUGCAUCAUGCCAGCAUAGUGUGCAGAUAUGAAAGCGGGAAAAAAAAAACUUAAAACUGAAAACUAUCACUCAAACGUGAAAGAAAGCACUCAUAGGACUUCAAAAUAAAUAAAAGAGCUAAUUUGUUGUAAGCAGAUGUGCAUUUUAAUAUAAUCAAUGUUUCAGUACAACUACCAUGACAUAGUAAGGAAAGUUUCGUAAUUGGACUGAAAUUGUGAAUGUAUGCUAUUGCACAGCAGUAAAAAAAAUGACAUUAUCUUGCUCAUUUUGAAGUAACAAGAGUGUGCUCUUCACUUUGGCUGACAGCUGGAUGAUCUCAGUCAACGCCAAUUCAUUCCCAUAGGAAAGCAUCGGGAGGCUAUUGUGCAUGUGUGGCAAAACGCUGUGCUUCACCGCACCAAUCAGCAUCUCCUCACAGUGAUGCAUUGCAUCAAUGCAUCUCUAUGGGGAGAAUUAAGCGCCUCCAUGCACUGUGCAGCACUGGACUAGGAAGCAGCUCUAGUGACUGUCUAAAUGACUGUCACUAGAGAUGUUCCUAGGAAGCAAUGUAAACACUGCCUUUUCUCUGAAAAGGUAGCAUUUACAAUGCUCAGCCCACAGGGACAGGUUAUAGACACCAGAACCACUACAUUAAACUGUAGUAGUUCUGGUGACUAUAGUGUUCCUUUAAUACAAAGAGCAGGAGACACAAGUGAAGAUGCACUUUGUUUGUGUCUUUCUCCCCCAAGCCCCUUUCAUGUGUCUCUUAGCCCCAGCCCCUUUGUCUCUUUCUCCCCUUCCCCACCCUUUCUGUGAAUCUCUUUCCCAGGCCCCAACACCUCUGUGUGUCUCUCCACACAGCUCCUGUGUGUGUCUCAUUCUCCCCUUCCCCAGCCUUUCUGUGAAUCUCUUUCCCAGGCCCCAGCACCUCUGUGUGUCUCAUUCUCCCCUUCCCCAGUUCCUCUGUGUGUCUUUUGUUCGUCUUUCUCAACCCCUCUGUCUCUUUCUCCCCAGACCCCUCAGUAUUUUUUUUCUCCACAGACUCUCCGUGUGUCUUUUACUCCUCUGACUCUCCAUGUGUUUCAUUAACCCCCAGUCCCUCCAUGCAUCUCAUUAGCCCCCCAUUUGUCCCAUUAGCUCCCUCCCAGCCUUGUAUGUGUCUCAUUAGUCCUCCCAUGUGUCUCAGUAGCCCCCCUUGUGUCCCAUUAGCCCCCAGCCCUCCAUGUGUCUUAUUUGCCCUCACUUCCAACCCUCCAUGUGUCCCUAUACCCCCUCCCAGCCCUCCAUGCAUCCCAUUAGCCCCCUCCCAGUGUAUGUCUUAUUAGUCCAUGUGUCUCAGCAGCAUCCCCAUGUGUCCCAUUAGCACCCAGCCUCCAUGUGUCCUAUUAGCUCUCUCUCCCAGCCUUCCAUGUUUCCCACUAGCCCCUUUCCAGCCCUUCAUGUGUCCCUAUACCCCAUCGCAGCCCUUCAUGUGUCCCCAUACCCCCACCCCAACCCUCUAUAUGUCCCUAUACCCCCCUCCCAGACCUCCAUGUGUCCCUAUACCACCUCUAGCCCUUCAUGUGUCCCUAUUGCCCCCCCACCCCCUGUGUCCCCCUAUACCCCCCUCAGCCCGUCAUGUGUCCCAAUAACCCCUCCCCAGCCUCAUGUGUCCCUAUAGCCUCCAUGUGUCACUAUAGCCCCCUCCCCAGCCCCCAUUUGUCAAUAUAGCCUCCGAGCCCCAAUGUGUCCCAUUAUAGCCCCCUCCCCAGCCCAAUGUGACCCAUUAUAGCCCCCUCUCCAGCCCCCAUGUGUCCCAUUAUAGCCUUGCUCCCCACUCUACCUGUAGGCCUGUGCCUUGCUGUAGCGUGGCCAAGCAGGCAGACCGCAGUAGAGGAGUUUAUGUUCCCCUACCCGGUCUGACUGGAAGCAGUUGUGCGUUCUGCAAGCACUUCCUGUGAGACCGGGUAGGGGAACAGAAGCUCCUCUACCACGGUCUGCCUGCUCAACCAUGCUACAUUCUGUGACCGGCAGGAGGCACUACAUUUGGGGUGUAUUGAAACCCUAUAGACUUUAACGAUCUGUAUGUCUUUGAUUAAGUCCUAUAAAUUCAUGUAGUAACUGUUUCAGUCCUCAAAUGAUCCACAGUAUUUUCCAGCUUCUGUAAGAAGUUCUCCUUUCCCACUAUAUUGUUCUGAGAUGCCUUUAAUGUGAAAUGCAAUUUAUGAUUUGCCGAUGUUUUAUUUCUGGUUUCUAGCCUGGAGACAUGAAGGACUGGUUUGUUGGUCGAAGUAAUGCUCAAGGAAUAGACCUGAACAGAAAUUUUCCUGAUCUGGAUCGUAUUGUGUACAUAAAUGAGAAGGAAGGUGGCACAAACAAUCACCUCUUGCAAAACAUGAAGAAGUCUGUUUACCAGAACACUAAGGUUUCUAUUAAAACUAAUUAAUUAGAAAGUGUUUUAUAUUUUAGGUUAUGCACAUAGUCUAUUAUUGUACUUGACAAACAUGAAAAUGGUUUAGGAGACCCUUUGAUUGGUGAGAAAGUAACUGCAAAUACAUAUAUCAUGUUAAAUAUGGGCCUGUCCUUAGGACCUUUUCCAAGUCCUUAACAUUCAGUAUCAUCAUGUUGUGUGAACGAACCAUCGGAUUGGCGGAGUGUAGCAAUUGCCUUCCAUGCAGCUUAAAGGAACACUAUAGGAUCAGGAACACAAACAUGUAUUCCUGACCCUAUAGUGUAAAAAAACACCUUGUAGCCAAAUCUUACUUUUAUUCCAGUCUGCUGCUGCUGCUGGCUCUGCCCCUGAUCUGCCUGCUUAACUGACAUCAUCAUAGGUGAUUAUCUCAGCCAAUCACAAUGUUUUCACGUAGGAAAGCAUUGGGUUGGCUGAGCUUGUCAAGGAGGCAGAUCAGGGGCAGAGCCAGCACAAACCAAACAUGGCCUUGGCCAAUCGACAUCUCCUCAUAGAGAUGCAUUGAAUCAAUGCAUCUCUAUGAGGAAAGUUCAGUGUCUCCAUGUAGAGGGUGAAGACACUGAAUGUCAGUGCUGUACACUGUGUAGCACUGCCCCAUGAAGCACCUCUUGCAGCCAUCUGAGGAGUGGCUAGUAUAAUGUAAACACUGCAUUUUCUCUUAAAAUACAUUAUUUAAUGCAAAAAGCCUGAAGGCAAUGAUUCUACUCACCAGAACAAAUACAAUAAGCUGUAGAUGUUCUGGGGACGAUAGUGUCCCUUAAAAUAUGGGACCCUGAAUCUAAAUAAACCUUAGAAUUCUAAGGUUAAAAAUAAAUAUAAUUAUGUUUAGUGUUAGAGUGUUCAUGUUAAAAUAAUGACUGUCAGUUAUCUACAUGUGGCAAUUUCCAUGCUAAUAAUAUUGCUAUUUGUGAUAGGUAAUUAGCAGCUGUCAUUAAAGUCCACCUGUCAUGAUACACAAUUUAUUUAGAUAUUCCCAAUUUAAAGUCUAAAUUAACCUGUCAAUAAUCUACAUGCAUAGACCUCUAUGCCAGCAGCAUAGCCUUCUGCAAGUGGUUCUUCUACUCUCUCACAGCUCAGCUGUACCUGAUGUGAAAAUCCCCCAGAAGGCUCUGUUGGAAUAAUAUUGAAAAAGAGUGAUCUUGCUAGGACAGCUUGGGAGAGUGUGCAAAAUAAAUCAUAUUAGAGGAGGUUGGGUAGCAGGCAGGGUUGGGCAUUAACAUUACUUUUGUGUAACACCAUUAAGAUGAUGUGAUGGCAGUGCAGGAAUGCUGGAGGGAGAGGGGGUGAGUAGAUAUAAUCAUACAGUGAACUAAUAGCCAAAUUGCAACAUUUAAGCUAAAAGUAAACUAUGCAAACAGUAACUCACAAUUUUUGUCUACAUUUUGUUAUUUAAUUUUCAAUUUACUAUUACUCACUAUUUCGUGAUUAAACUCUUAAGGGCCAUUUGCUCAGAGAAUUGAAGGUGAUGUGUGCAUGCACUAAAACCUUUUUUUAGAGUCCUGGGGAAGUUGCAUUUGCAAGUAAUUAGAAAAUGUGUCUUUUUGUCUAGUGUCAGUGGAGGUGGAAGUAAGUAGCAUCUAAAGAGAAAGAAGACUAUCUGACAUACAUUGUACAGCGCUACAGAAUUUGCUGGCGCUAUAUAAAUAAUAUAAUAAUAAUAAUAAUAUUAUGUAGUAGUCAAUGAGGGGUCACUUGGUAAUCUACAGAGGGGAUAACCCUAAUUAAAUAAUUAACAAUUAAAUCUAAUUAAACCUAAUUUAACCCUAAUUAAAAGUAUAACGUGUUUUACUCUAAAAAAGUGGCUUUAACAUAAAGGGUAAUCUAUUGAGAGUUGCCCCUUUUUUGGGGUUUCUCUCUUAUGUGUUGCGAGUAGCAUCUAGACAUUAAAGCGAGAUGAAACCCGUGGGGAUAUUUAUGGGAUAAUAAUAGUAACAGUGAGAAUUGCCCACUAAUUCAAUUCUCAGACCCAAAGAUCGUUAUCAUGUUAAGUGAGAAGUAUUUCAUAUAAAUAAUCACAAUGUUAUAAAAAUAGAUUUUAUUUUAUAUAAUGACAAAUUAAUUAAUAAUAAUAUGUAACAUGCGUGACAAUAAUCAAUGAAUAUCCAGUAUAAAAUGAUAUGCAAUACAAAGGAAUGGGUAUACACAUUUCAAUGGCUAAACAGCAUUAUCUGUCAAGAUUUUUGACGAUUUAUGAGGUAUCCUUACAGACUGAAAAGAAAACUUUUCACAGCGAAGGGCCAUAAAACCCUGGCUAACAGUUAGAAUAACCCUUUCAAUGCUGGCUAGAUCUCCUAGGUAAUUAAGGUCUAUUCUUAUGUAAUUUUAAAUAAAAUAACAUUUAAACCAGUUCAUUAGUCAUUUCCUGGAACCAUCCAAUAAGAGAAUCUACCAUGAUUAUAUAAGCAGACUUUGUUUUUAAUUUGUCUAAAAGAUAUCUUAUUUUAAUUUAGAGCAAAUCAAUACACCUGGAUAAAAACAACGGUAUGCUAACACGUGAUAAUAUCACCUUAAUAUAUAAUUAUUCUUAAUUCCACCUGCAGAAUGGAAUGUUAUAACUAUAUAUUCUUUAGUUAACUAAGAUUUCUUAAUAUGGAAAUCUGACCGUGAUUUAUCCAGUCAUAUAUAAUGCUAUUAAUAAAUUUUAAUUAAUUUAAUUAAUUAAAUGAAACCAGUAUAAUUACCAGUUGAGUAGAUAUUUCAUCCGAUUGGUAGAUAGUCUCAGGAACUUAUUUGGAUGUCUCUCUGCAUGGAGUUAUGGUGAAAGGUGGUGUUGGUUAGAAAGUCAGUGAAAUUCUAAGUGUUAGAGUUUUAAAAGUAGAGUGUUAGUCUCAGAUGUUGUGAGUUGGAGUCCCCAAACUUCCAAUUCCUCUCUCCUCUUUUUCCUUCUCCUUUGCAUAUCUCAAUCUUCCCUUUGUCUUAACUUUUAAAGGGCCAGACUCUCUGUACGUCAUCAGUUGAUAACCCAAUAGAAGCACUAGAGGUGUGGUUAUCUUCCAGAUCGCAAUUUAGUUAUUUAGUCUAUAGAGGGCAGUCUUGUCCCACUAAACAUACCUAUCCAGGAAAGAGUUAACUUUUCUUGGUGGCUAUUUUGACGUCAUUUUGCUUAUCUCAAAUGACCACUAUAACUUACGUAUCCUUUCAGAUCAAAGGGUUUCUUUAAGUUUUGUCCAGACUAUGUGUCUGCAAAUCUGAGUUUUGACCCGUAACUUACAAUGGGACCUUAUAGAUAUAGACAGUAAAAUUAAAUUAUUUAAUCUUCUCUGUCACAAAUGUCUGGGUUUAGAUUUGAUCUAUUCCAUUAGCAUUAGACAGUCUGUCCAACCCCCUUUCUGCUUAUCACUUUUGUUUAUACUAUCCAUUCCUUUAGCUCUGGCAAAAAUGGUUAGUUUUACAGAAAGAAAUCUUGUGUCUUUUUGUUAGCUUGGAAAUAACAAAAUGGAGUCUGGUCUGUUCAAAGUGACUCAGAAUAUACACUUUUAAUUUCUAUCAUAGCACAAGAUGUCUGCCGAUAUAAAUACCCUGACAAACCAUGGAAACCAUUCAAUAUUUAUUUAGCUGCAAUGUCUACCAGCUGUUAAUACUUAUUCUUAAUGGCUGCCUUUUGAAAAACUAAUGUAUAGUACAGCUCAAGUGCUCUGUGAAAUCUUUUGUGAUUGCCUAAAAUAUUCUCUAAUAUGUUUCUACCUGAUACUGUACAAUGUUUAUUUUAACUUCUAGAAGGUGUAUCAGUGGACCAAAUAUGUUCAUUUACAUUGUUAGACAAAUUAAGCAUGCUUGCAGUAAAUAAUAGUUCUCAAUUAUGCACCUUUUCAGCUUGCCCCUGAAACAAGAGCAAUAAUAAAUUGGAUUAUGGAUAUCCCAUUUGUUCUGUCUGCCAACCUUCAUGGAGGGGAUCUUGUUGCCAAUUAUCCCUAUGACAAGACUCGUAGUGGUAAGUUGAAUGUGUAUUAUGGAAUACAAAUCAGUUCUAAAACUACUAUUAAAACAGCUAUGUUUUCAAAUAAUUAUUUACAGUAUUAAAACUAAUUGUGGCCAAAACAGUUACCCUAUUCUGACAAAACUAAUUGUGGCCAAAACAGUUACCCUAUUCUGGAGAAAGAUGUGAUGCUCGUUCAGUUGAAGCAGUUCACCAGUAUCUGAAGAUAAAAAAGGGCAAAAGACCAACAUGGACCUUUUUUUCAUGGAACUGACACAGAGAUGUUUAAAUAUUACCUUUCCUUUUAGGGGUUACUGUGAGUGUACAAUAAAAAAGGACAAAUGUGGAGAGAGUAGAAUACCAGGAGGGGCAUUAACUUUGUAAAGCUUGUUUCGUGAUGGUUUUAUGAUUUCUAUUUACAAUUUCAAAUUCACUGACGUCAAACCCUCGAGUUUAGUUAGGUUACCUGUUUUUCCUACUUUUCUGAUAAGAAUAUUAUACAUAAUCUAUUAUAAAUGGGAUCUGUAUGGAAAGCAGGACUCACAAAAAAGUAUACUUCCAUGAAACUCGAAUGCAGCUUGAUACAAUUAUUGCAAUAUUUUAAAACUGAAGAGAAUAUAUUUAUAAUAUGUAAAAAGCUGACAAAGAGAGGGGAAAAAAUGUACCUAUUCUUACUCGUAUCAGUUUAAAUUUAAACACCAUUAGAUGAAUUGAGUCUAGCUUGAACAAUAUUCUACCAAAGCCAGAUAAAAAUACAUGGGUUGGUAGUCACAUAACAUUACUCAAUCAGGAUUUGACUUAUCUCUAAAAUCUCUAAAAUUAUUGCCAUAAGAUUAGAAACUUCCCCAGAAAUUGGGAUUUACUAGGAGCUCACAGUCAAAUGACCUUCACAGUCAAAAGGUGUUCAGGCAGUAAUGUCAGCAAUUGUGGUGACAAUGACAUACCAUAUACCUGGUAACUUUAUGCUGAAUUUGCAAAAGAUUUUUGAUCAAGUUUCCUGGUCCCACAUGUUUCAAAUUUUAUUCUACAAAUAUUAUAUUCUACAAAUGUAUUAAAAAUUGAUAUAGUUCAACCUCAACUAAAUUAAUGAUCAAUGGUUUUAAUUCAUCUCCUGUACUUAUGGAAUUAGGGAUCUGUCAAGGUUGCCCUUUAUCUCCUAUUCUUUUUAAUCUUUCUCUAGACCCUCUCAUCUGUAUUUUGCAUAGUUCAGUUAUAUUUUCUGACUUUCUGACUUGUUAUGACUAAUUAUAUAUCCCUUUCUAUCCUUAUGCAUGCUGAUUGGUUCAAAUCUAAAAUGUUAGACAUUGGACUACAAAGAGAGGAAAAACAGAAACCUGAUCCAACUAUUGCUGUCAUAACAUUCAGUUGAAAUAAAUAAUAAAUGGUUAAAAAUCUAGAAGAUACUUUAUUAAUUAAACCAAAAACACAAAAUGGGCACAAAUAAACCCUGGCUAUGACUGCCUGACUCAAUGAAAUAAUCAAUUUUGGCAGUACAAGCAAAAGAGUGCAAAAUAAUAAAAAAAAUAAAAUAAAUGAAAACUCAAUAACAUAUAUCAAUAAGACAAGACUUAGUAGAAAAAUUCGCCAUAGCGAUAUUAAUCCGUGUCUUAGUGAAUACAAUAACAGAUCCCAAUAGAAUCAUCUACUUAGCUUGAAAACAGAUACUCUCUAAAUAUGCUGCAUAGAUCAUCUAAUAAGCAACAAUAUAUUUAGGAGAAAUCCGAAAUAGCCGUACACAAUAACUAGAGGGAAUGCUGCUCAAAAAAACAGUCCGAGACCACUUACUCAUCGGGGGCCUCUAACUCAAGGCGAAACGUGCGUCGGGGCUCAAUAUUUGCCACUCUACUGUUAUAUUUUAGCUUGGUCUUCUGUGUUUUCGGGCACCUUCAUCUUUUGUGCGCAGACUUGGACCACGGGCUACAUUCAAUAGCUAUUGAGGCACCCGAUGAACCUAGUUGGCUGACAGCCAUCUGGGCAUCACAGAUAGAUGAGUGACCGAUCAAGGUGUUAGGAGCAGUAUGAUUUAGCAAUUAUACUAUCUUACUAUCUGCUAAUCCAACGGCUCUCUGUGCCAUAGCAUUAGGAUUCCAUCUUUUCCUACUGUCUGUCCUAUACUAGGUGCCCACGAAGACAUCUUUCCAAUCAUUUCAUACUAUAUCUUGAUAUUUUAUUAUCAUCAAUGUAAUUACGGACACAGAUUAUAGAGUUCGUUUGUGGGUGUACCCAUAUCUGUAACACUAUCUUUGUAUAGAUCAUAGUAAUCUUUUGUUAUACCCAUACUUAUUACUUUAUUCUUAUGUAAAUUAUAUUAAAUAUGCUGUUGACUGAGUGGCCUGAGGAUAAAGUUAAUAUUAGCAGUUAGGACAUUCAUAUGCUCUCAUCAUAGACUAAGUGGUCUUGGACUGUUUUUUUUUUAGCAGCAUUCCCUCUAGUUAUUGUGUAAGGCUAUUUCAUAUCGCAGUGGAUUCAAUGUUAAUAUAUGGAUACAACAUUGUAUCGGAUUUCGGAUUUCUCCUAGAUAUAUUGUUGCUUAUUAGACGAUCUAUGCAGCACAUUUUCAAGCUAACUAGAUGAUUCUAUUGGGAUCUCUUAGCCUUUUGACACUGUUGCACAUAGUAAGGCUUAUCAAUAAACUGCAAUCUUUAAGUUUGGAUUCCAGUAUUGUUGAAUGGGUAAGGCAGUGGCUGAGUAACAGGCAACAGAGGGUUGUAGUCAAUGGAAUAUAUUCAAAGCUUGGACUUGUCACCAGUGGGGACUCUUUUGCACUCUUUUGCUUGUACUGCCAAAAUUGAUUAUUUCAUUGAGUCAGGCAGUCAUAGCCAGGGUUUAUUUGUGCCCAUUUUGUGUUUUUGGUUUAAUUAAUAAAGUAUCUUCUAGAUUUUUAACCAUUUAUUAUUUAUUUCAACUGAAUGUUAUCACAGCAAUAGUUGGGACAGGUUUCUGUUUUUCCUCUCUUUAUAACCAAUUUUUCUAGGGUUACCCCCUUAUCUGUUCCUAUAGAUUUUUGGGAUAUUGAUUGUUUGGCCACCUCUCAUUAAUUAGACAUUGGACUACAUCCUACCCACAUCCUACACAGCCCUUUCUUUCUUUACAUAUAAUCCAGUGGUCAGACUCACAUUGGCACUGCACUCAGACCACUCCAAUGAGCUGAAGUGAGCUGUGUGUCUAUAAUGUCCCUUUAAUAAUUUUUUAUCAACUUAACAUUUCUCAGAUGAUCCAACUUAUCACCAUUCAGUUGAGGAACUAAUAUCAGGAACAGCAUACCUUCUAAAAUCUGUUAUAUUUUCCAAAUUAGUAUACCCAUUACAAAUCCUUCCUAUACUUCUGUUAAAACUGACGUGCAAAGAUUAUUCUCUUUUUACCACCUUACUAGGGCAUGGAAGAAGGGUGGGUGAGUUGCAACAACUGAGAUUUAAUAUAGGCAUUAAAAUUCCCUACAUUUUCUAAUAUGCCAAGAUACCGUCAUGCCUUGGUUUGGAUUUCAGGACAUGACACAUUCUCUAAUUACUCCUUGGUAAAACAAUUUUGUCCUAAAGUCCAUCUCUUCACUUUACUUCAUACACCUCUUGCUAUUGUCAGAGAAUGUUAGACAUAAUCCCUUACUUUUUUUUUUUUCUAGUAAAGCUUGGAAACCUACAGAGAUUCCAACUGUAACUUCAUUCGCUAAUAUUCAUGAUUUCUCACAUUCCUUUCUAACCCUCCAUUUUAUAAUAGUCUAUCUAUCAUACCUCUCCAAACUUGACAUAAGAGUUAUUUAUCCCAUUGGUGAAUGUUCAGACUUUCACAACCAUAGAAUCUUAAAUCUUACACAAAAGAGGAACAAAUUACCUUCACUUCAAAUUCUACUUUUUGCAACUUUUAAAUUGUAUUCAUUCAGUUCUUCCUCAUUUACAAGACAAUGAUUUGACUAACUCAUUAGUCUCAAUUGUUUGUAACCCUUCACUAACCUAAUUUUAUAUCAGGUUAUUACACAGCUGUAUACGAACAAUCUUGUAUCAUUCUUUAUCAACAAGCCAUAAUCCCAGAUGGAACAUAGGGUAAUACAGUUUAUCACAACUUAGUAUAAUAAUCACUAUAUGGUCCCACUCACAUGGUACUGAGCCACUUAGAUAGCUGGCUCAGACUUUAGAAGCCUUGACAAUAGAAGGAUGAGGUCGAUGAUCCUUAGAGAUCUAUGAAAUGCAGUUCCCAGCUUGUCCUGGAGCUACUUGUCAGCUUAUAAACUCCAGAGUACAAAUAGGUAAAAGGACAACAAUUUAUUAAAGCACUGUUGAAACAUACAAUCUCAUAAGCAUAAAAUAUUAUAGUCCACUUCACUUGACAUGUUUCCGCAAAGUAAGCCUUUUUCAAAAGUGUCCGUGUCCUUCUUUCUCCUGUUCUUCCUGUUUUUUAAUGGUUUUUCUGAUGGAUCUUCUCCACCCACUAUGUCUUUCAACUCAUUCCUCUUCUGGGUUUCGCAUCUUUGACAUAGGGGCGUUCGUUGCGUGAAUGCUUUCCCAGAAUUCUUCCCCUCUGUGUCCCAACGUAGGUGACAAGCAAAAAGAUACAUCUUAUAAAUAUACUUAUUUAUUCUUUAGGCAAAAGAAACCUAACAUUUACAUACAUAAUAUAAAACAAAACUAAGUCUAGUUUAAAAUAGUUAGUUGAUUAUAAACAAAAUCACAAUUUUAUUUAUAUAUAUAUAUAUAUAUAUACAUAUAUAUAUAUGAAAGAUGAGUUUAUACAUAUAAAAAUAUAUAAAUAUAUAUAUAUAUAUAUAUAUAUAUAUAUAAAACAAACCAAAAUUAAUAUCAUUAAAUAUUGUAGAGGAGAACUUAUAAUGAGAGAAAUAAUAAAUUACAUAACAUUUUUUAUUUCAAAGUCAGCAUUUAGACCUUGGGGUUGCAAAGUAUCCAUGUUAAAGAUCUACCUCAUUUCUGAUUCACCAAGGAAGCUAUCUUUAUCUCCACCCCUCCAGUGGACCUGGACUUUAUCUAUACCUACAAAAUCCAGGCCACUGUGGUCACCAUUAUGUAUCCCAACAAUAAAAUAAACUUUAGUUUGUUUAAAAAAAUUCGCACUAUCCUUUUUUUGUCUCCUUAUCUAAAAAAACCUUGUUAAAAUCUGUUUAAAAUUUCUUGCCCCUCUAAAAAUGAAUCUUGGUUUAUCUGAAUUGUCAAGGCUUCUAAAGUCUGAGCCAGCUAUCUACGUGGCUCAGUACCAUGUGAGUGGGACCAUAUAAUGCUUAUUAUACUAAGUUGUGAUAAACUGUAUUACCCUAUGGUCUUUUUCCCAUUUUUUUUUUACAGGUGUCUUUAUUUGAAAACCUGUAGUAAUGCUAUAUAUUGUGUGCUCUCACUGUUUUGUAUUGUGUUUUUGUGUGCUUUGGAGAGAACACAAAGGUGAAAGAAGCACCAAUUACAAUAUCCGAAUCCUUAUAUUUAUUGUAUAAACACGUGGAACAUGCCUUCCCUCACAAUCAAUUUUUGACAUGCAAAAAAUGUAUAUAUAAUAUACUAUGUCUAAGGUGCAAAACCAAAAGUGCUAUAAUGUGCAGUCACACAACACAACCCAAUGUGAGAAAAUAUAAUCUGCUACCUGGAGCUGGUUAAGCAUAAGAUACAAAUCUGGACUGAAAUACUCAGAGGUAUGGUAACAGUAUAGUAUAGUAUAGUAUAGGAGGAGACAAAAAAAAGGAAGAAUGGGACUUAUAGUGCAGUAUUUAAAACAAAUAAACAAAAAAAACUCCUUUGUAUCAUUUGUAUUUAUUAGUAAGACUUAUAAUGAUCAGUUUUUAUAAAUGCCCAUGAAAGCACUAUUAGGAAUUGAAAUUCAAAAGUCCAUUUCAUGCUUUCCAAUGCCGCUGUUUCCAGAUCUAUCCAUUUUCGGUAUUGUUUAUUUAAACACUCCUAAGCUCUCCUAACAAAUUAAAUGAGCAUGUUUUUAUUCUAUACACAAUUGCCCUUGUCAUUGCUAAUUACUAUUGUUAUAUCAUUGUGUAUUGCUAUAUAAAUAAUUUAAAUUGUUCUUUCUGCAGGCAGUGCACAUGAAUACAGUGCAUGUCCCGAUGACAACAUUUUCCAGUCCUUAGCCCGUGCAUACUCCUCUUUUAACCCAGCCAUGUCUGACCCAAAUAGGCAAUCAUGUCGCAAAAACGAUGAUGACACUAGCUUUGUUGACGGCACAACAAAUGGAGCAGCUUGGUACAGUGUUCCAGGAGGUAUGUAAUGUUACAUACAUUAUUUAUUUUCAUGCAGAAGAGAAAAAGUAAUAAUAGAGAAUUAUUUUUUAAUAAAACAUAUGGACAGUAUUAAAAAGCAAUUGUAAUUAGAUUAUAAAUUACACAUAACAUUCUAGAAGGAUUUUCACUAAACAUUGAAUUUUGUCCAAAAUGGCAUACUCAGUUGAAAAUGACCAAAUUCAGAAGGUAAUUCUCAUAUUUACUAAAGCCAGAUGAGAUCAGUAUUCAGUCAUUAAGACCAAUUCUGUAACAUUUGUUCAGACGAGUUCGGAAAAUCAGGGAUUUUUGCAUCAGAACCAAUUUAUAGCACCGGAAUUGGAGAUUUAUCAAUGACUCCAUGGUAGCAGUUGUCAAAACAAAUGCAUCUGGCGAAAAUCACAUUUGCAAAUGAUCAUAUACUAGCUUUUUUUCAAGUCAAUUAAUAAUUUGAAGAACUAUCUGUCCACCAGCAACUCUUGCAGCCAGUGUGCAAAUAGUUAAAAACCCUCAACGGCGCAAGGAUUAAUCAUGUGAUGGCUGGCUAGUGCUUGUUAGCUAGUCACUACAUUAAAAAAAUAAUAUAUAAAAAAAAAUGCUAAAGGGGUCACUAAGACUAUAAUGAAGGUGAUGUACCUCCAUAUCCACUAAACACAAAAAAAUUGCGACUGGGCAACCAUUGCUGCCCAGUCACUAGAAAAGUUCCCCAUCCCAUGGGACCCUAAUUCAUUAUCAAAUAGAGGGAGUGGACAUGCCAAGUAAUAGUAAGCCCCCUGGGUGGGUGAGUUCUCAAUCCCUUAGCCACAUAUCUAAAAUAAAUUCUCCACCUAACCCCUUCACCCUAAUAAUAGUGAGAAGUGGGCCCAAAAAUAUAAAACUAGUAAAAAAAAUAAAAAAAUAAAAAUAUAUAUAUAUAUAUAUAUAUAUAUAUAUAUAUAUAUAUAUGUACCAUUAGAUAUCUUCUUUCAUCUAAUUCUUAUGUUGCUGGUGUGGGUAACUCUCGCUGUAGCUUGGUGCCCUCCAUGUUUAUUGUUUAUGUUGUCAGACAUAUUAUGCCACAGAGUCGGAUGCACCAUUUUAUUUAUCACCUUCUUUUUUAUUAUUGUGACUUUUGGAGGCCAACAAUCUGUAGGUAAGUGGUUUGUGUCAAAGUAACAGCCACAUAAACGCCAAGAUUUUUUCAGCAGAAUAAUUCCCAGAGCAUAACACUGUGUCCGCCAGCCUGCCUUAUUCCCAUAGUGUAUCCUGCUGCCGUCUCUUCCCCAGGUAAACAACGCAUACGCACCCCGCCAUCCACCUGAAAUAAAAGAAAACGAUCCAUCAGACCAAGCGACUUUCUUCCAUUGCUUCAUGUUACAGUUCUGAUACGCACGUCUCCAUUGAGGACACUUUUGGCAGUGGAUAGGGUCAUUAUGGAAACUCUAAAACUGUGAUGCACUGAGUAUUUUGACACCUUUCUAUCAUGUCCAGCAUUACAUUGUUCUGCAAUGUGAGCUACAGUAGCUCUUCUGCGUGAUUGGACCAGAGCCUUUGCUCCCCACAUGCAUCAAUAAGCCAUUGGCAGCCAUGAACUUGGCACCAGUGUACUGGUUUUCCUUUCUUGCACCACUUUUGGUAGAUACUAACCACUGCAUACAGUGAACACCCCUCAAGACUGUUUUGGAGAUGCUCUGACCCAGUUAUCUAGCCAAUAGUAUUUGUCCCUUGUCAAAGUCACUCAGAUCUUUAGUAAGUACUGCUAGGUUCCUCGAAUAUGUACCACCCAGACGGUUGAUAUGCUGGACUUCUGAGAAGUUGUCAAUCUGUAGCAGGAUGCAGCAGUUCGCUAAAUCUCUUGCAAAGUUGCAUAUAGCGAAUGAUUUGUGUGUCAUCCAAAGUCGAACCUUGCAAGUAGCAUCCCUACCUAGGAAGCUGACACCGGAAUCCACCGGAAUCCAGCGCGAAAUCCAGGGUGGAACCAAAGUCGCAUGCCCAUUCCACGUGUACAUGUGCAUUAACACCAAUGCAAUUUGAAGCGCACAUCUUCUGUCAAUGGGACUAUUUAGUCGUAUGAUGCUGAUGACCUGAGAAACUGAGCCUUCAGGUGCUGCAUAGCUGUGUGGUGUAACGGUACAGAAAAGAUUGCUUAUAUGGAUGAAGACAGAAGUCCUACUAUCUGAGCCAAGAGCCGAAGUGGUACAAAGAACUCUACAGAGUUCUUUGUUGACCCUGGUUAUCUUUGCCUUGGUAUCAUGCUAACGGUACUCAACUGUCCCGGGGUGCCCUGGAGGUCGGUCCACAGCAGUUAUAGUGCCUGUGGCUGUUACACCCCAGUCGGCAUCCUCUGAUCCUUAAUUUACAGCCAGGGAACUCGCAGUCCAAGAUGGCAACAACUGCACGAGGAGACUGGUCUGCAGGUCAGAGGUUAGAGGAGGUGUGGCUGAGGGGCUAAGCCAGGAUGAUGAUGUAUCCAAUAUGGGGCUGAGUAACACAGUCAGUGACCUCAGGUAAUCCCUCCUAUAGGUGGGAGGAGGUUAUGUGAUUGAGCCACUCUUUUAUAAGCAGAGCAUGCCUAGUUUUCAGCCUCAGAACAUCUAGCAUUUGCCUCGCUGUGUUUCCUGGCCUAGGUGGUUUCCUGACUUUGUUGUUCUCAGAUAUUUGCUGAUUGCCACCAGCCCUGACCUCUGGACUAUCUUACUCUGAUUUCUGCCUGACCCUUCUUCAGAUAUAUUGCCUUGGAUUUUCUGUUGCUUUUUAAAGCUCCUGUGCCAUCACUGACCCAACAGAAACCUGUUCUCAACUUCAGGAUCUCUGUGGAUUGUGCUUCUAAGUGAGAGCUGUUACUACACCUGAGUCCCAUGACCGAACAAUACCCCAGCAAGUUGUUACACUUGGGUAAUUUUAGAACAGGAUCUGGAGUCUAUAUCGAAGUCUAAGUACUGUACUUGUUCUGUUACUAUCAAGGUGGACUUGUCCAGGUUCACCAUGAAUCCCAGAGACUCUAGUAAAUGUAUCAUCUGAGUAUGUACCUUUGAAGUUACUGUCAAAAAUAGAAGGAUGUCAUCCAGACAAAUGCUACACCUGAUCUCCUGGGCUCCCACGUGAGCCAUAACUGGUUUGAGGAGCUUGGUGAAACACCAUGGGGCAGAGCUCAAACCGAAUGCCAAGCAUGUGAACUGCGUUGGACAGCCUUUCCAGAGUAAGCGCAGGAAUUGUUGGUUUUCCAGAUGCACAAGCACAGACAGCUUUGAGUGCUUGAGAUCCAGUCAUAUUAUAAAGCAUAUCUCUCAAUAGAUGGAUUCCCUCCAUCUUGAAGUGUCUAUAUUGAGCAUGUAUGUGGGGGCGCCUGAGAGUCACUUGUAUAUGGAGUAGUGAGGGGGUUCAUUCCAGCAUAAACCCUAGAAUACCCUAAUAGAUAUAGGUGGCUCACCCCAAGCUAGCAGUGGUUAUGUACAGCCCACUUACAUUAAAGAUAGGCCGAACUGCAGGGAAUGUGUAUAAUAAAAUGGCACCUAGAAUUAGUGCACAAUUCAUGCCCUGGCAAAAUAUCAGGCGCAACUAAUGUGGUACUGUAUUAUGGCACAAACCAAGGCAUUUCCAAACUUAGGAGGAUGAAAAUCCACUAGAGAAUCAUACCGGCCAAGUCCAGAGGGGGAAAUAAAUUGUAGUCAAGUGUGAAAACAAUGCAUAGAUAAUACCCUGUCAAUCAAGCCCCAAGGCGAAGAGCACUGAAGGGUCAUGAAAAAUGGCAAGUGAGGUGAAUAAAUGGGAAAUAGAAAAGACAGAGACCAAAUUAAUUUAAGCAAUAUACACAUAUAGGUAACAUAAAAUUGAAGGAAUGCAGUAAGGAAGCUAAUAUUCUGACCUGUAGCUGUAUCUGCAAAGACAGAGGAUGUUCUUCCUGUGGGGAGGUCUUAUAUAAACUCCCAUUGUUUCUGAUUGAUUGUUAUAUACUUGUCAUUGCUGCUAAUGAGUUGCAGUAAAGAAAGUUAGGCAAAAUAUGAAGCCCCCUGUCAUGAAAUACAUUUUUCACUUUUGAACAAAAAGAAUAGAUUUGUUAACACAUUUUGGACAAAUUGAAAACCAGAACAUUUUUGUAAUGAAUGAACAAAAUUAAUAUUCUUUUCCGUUCCACAAGACACUUCUUUCAGUUGCCAUGACAAUAAUUUACUCUUAGCACUUAUGCCAUUUGCUGGGCUGUCUCAACAUGGAAAAGCCAUAUAUAUAUACAUAAAUAUGACUAUAUAUAUAAAGAGGGAUAAAUGUGCGACAAAAUAUUACAGAUAAUAUUUUGUAAAAAUAUUAAAAAUAUUAAUAUUACAAAUAUGAAUGAUUAAUAUGAAUAUUAAUAUUGCUAUAUUAAUUAUUAUGAUCACACAUUUUUUUAAUUUAAAAAUAUACCUACUGUUUUGUGUCUCAUCCUAAAUUCUUGCAGUUCAACUCAAUUUUAUCCUAAUACAAUGUAACAUGCAAUAGCUAUAUUACUUAAAAAACAAAAUUAUUGUGACAACAACAAUCUAUACAAUAGUAAUAUAAUCAGUGAUUAUACAACAUGUAACAAUGAAAAUAGUUGCAAACAUGUUACAAUAUAAUUUCUAGAGCAAUGUGGAUAAUGAGCAAUGUAGUUACUGUCACAAAGAAUUUAUCACCAACGAAUGCAAUAACUCAACAUAACAUAUUGCAUUAACAUUUAAUACUCUUCAACAUAAUAUGAAAAGGUAUGACAUUAUAAUAUUCCUUGCAAUAUAAAUGCAUGAAUCACAUUUGCUGCUUCUACAAAGUAUCAAUUACUUGUUUAGACAAUCUCAAUAAUAACCAACUAUUUCCCGAAAAUGGUUGCAAACCAAACUAACUUUUUCCAAUCCACUCAGCAACUAAACUCUCUCAGUUUGGAAUUGCUAAUUGACAAUAUGCAAAGAAAAUGUUAAUUACAAUAACUCACUAUAUUGGUAUAACAUAAUAUUUUGUAUAACAGAUUAAUAAAAUAAUAAUCUCAGCAAGUAUUCGGUAGAACUACUUGGAAAAAUGUAAGUAACCUCUGUAUCUACACAAAGCAAUUUCAACAGGUAUUUACAAGAUAAUAGGUUUUGAUUAAAAUCUGAAUUUCAGCAAAUGAAUGUAUCAAUAAUUACAGGAUAAUACCUUAAGAUUUAUUGCAUAUUUUCAAUCUGAGCUGCAGACACAGAUUUUAAAUAUGCAGAGACUACUUUCCCAAAAAUAAAUAAUUAUUUGAAAUGUUGAAACAGAUCAUGUUCAAACUUAUACAAAAUAUAAACAUAAUAUAAUUUACAAUUACCACGUAGUUGCUCGUUUUCUUUGUCAAUGAAUAAGGAAUAAAGAUUUUUUUCAACAUAUUAAAAUAUAAAAAAAUAUGAAAACUUAUAUCAUAUAUAAAAAAUAUCAAUAUAUCUAUAGCUUAAAAAGUUUAGAAUUUUUUGCUAACAUUAAAUAAUUUUAAAAGUUUAUCCAAAGUAUUUUUAGAUAAGCUUUUCAAAUGAUUUAAUAUAUUUUGAUAAAUUUGUAAAAUAACUUUUUUCCAAGAUAUUAAAAGAUCAAAAACUAUAUUUGAAAAGGUACAUUUGUGGGGUUCACAAACCUUGUCUUAGAGUUUUAUGCAAAUUACAUAAAUUAUAUAAUAAGCUUUUUAAUUCCACACACAUUAAAAAAAAUGUUAACUGCAAUGUUAAUGCUUAACGAUAUCAUACAUAAAAAAUAUCAAAGUAUUAAAAUGUUUUUCAUAACAAUAUAUAAUUGGAAAAAUAUAGACAAUUGAAAUAUUAAAUAAUUUCAAGCUUAUACAUUUCAAGCUUAUACAAAAAUAUUACACUUGUAAUAAUGUUGAACCUGAAAAUAUGAGACAAUAUAAGUCAAUAAAAUGUAACAAAAGUAUAUACAUAUGGUUGAAAAGCUUGCAACAAUGAUUGGUAAGUAGCCAAAAUGGAUGCUUUCAGUUCUAGGAUGGUGCGUUGUGGAUUUCUACAUUUAGUUUUAUUUUUCAGAUCUUACAAACGCAAAUUUGUAAAUUUCCAGUCCCCUAAAGUGCUUCAGGUAAAGUGCUAAAGUGCUUUGGGGGUUAACUGUAUGUCCUGGCCUGCUUAUUUUAUAAAAUUACUGAUUUCAAGAGAAAUCAGCCUUUCCAUAAAUCACUUUAGUGGCACCUCUUGGUCCUCAAACAGAAAGCCAGGAGACCUUUUGAGCACGCGCGGCUGGCGACGGGGGAGACCUAAUGAGCAUGCGCGGCAAUGCUGCACAUGCACAUUAGACCUCCCCAUAGGAAAGCAGUGAAUAAUGCUUUCAAUGCUUUCCUAUGGGGAUUUCAGCGACGCCAUAGCGUGAGGACAUCCAGCGACGUUAUAACACACUUUUCGUGUUCUAUGAACAUGGAAGUGUCUUCUAGUGGCUGUCUAGUUGACAGACACUAGAGAAGGACUUAACCCUUCAAGGUUAAUAUUGCAGUUUAUGAAAAUUGCAAUAAUUACACUUGCAGAGUUAAGGGUAACGUGAGUUGGCACCCUGACCACUCCAAUGGGCUGAGGUGGACUGGGUGUCUGGAGUGUCCUUUUCAUGCGGAAGUGAGUGAUUCUUAUAGAGAAGCAUUAUUUUCAAUUCUUGUCUAAUAGAAGCAGUGUUCAUGUGUCCCAGGGCUUCUCUAUCCAUACAUACAGAGAGAUUGUGCUUGUUACAUGUCAUUUUCAUGUUUUCAAUUCCAUGGAGUAAAGAAUUCUAAUUCAAAUUUUUGACAAUCAGUCUAGCGGUGAUCAUCUUGGGGAACAAAUCAGGAGAAAAUUUACAGUCUCGUCAUUUACUGUGUUUAAUAAACUAUUGCCAAUAAGUAUCUGUGUCUUCUAUUUGCAGGCAUGCAGGAUUUUAAUUAUCUGAGCAGUAACUGUUUUGAAAUCACAGUUGAGCUUAGCUGUGACAAGUUCCCUCCUGAAGAAAUGCUUAAAACAUACUGGGAGCAAAACAAAGAUUCUCUUGUGAAUUACAUAGAGCAGGUAAUAUACAUAACUUCUGAAGUAAAGAAAUAUUUUUCGUCUGUGUUUCUUUUUCAAGAUUUAUUACAGGAGUGGACCAUUUAAAUGAGGAAAUAUUAACUGUUGAGUCAACACAUCCCCAUAAGUCUACAGAACUGUUUUCCCCCCACACAGAAAUAACAGCAUAGAGCACUGCAGCUAUAUGACCUCUUGGUACAGACAUGCUGACGAAGCUCUCAAUAGCCCAUCUGACAUCUUCAUUCACUUCAUAUCUAUAUAUAUAUAUAUAUAUAUAUAUAUAUAUAUAUAUAUAUAUAUAUAUAUAUGCACAUGUACAAAAGACAGCUUUUGAGACAUGUCCUAGAUUAGACAGUGUAGUGUUAGAGAAUCAGUUCAUGCCCUCACAUACUAUUCUAUUCAUAAUUGGUAUUAACAGGUGGUUCGUUUAUGAUAAAUUACUAGCUUCAAAAUGUAGUUUAUGUGUCAGAGCAGUUCUAAUAUCACCUAAGAUAUACUAUGGCGUGACUGAUUCUCCAUUUUAAUACAAGUACUCAAAGAACAGGAGACUAGAUGAGUCAAUAAUUUUGAACCAAAUACCCCAAAAGAUUUGAGAUGAGACAGUUCCCUGAGAGUGUUGAAAUACAUGUUUGCGUACCACCAGAUAACUUCAUGGACCUUUUUGUAUGAUGAGCACUAUUACAUUUAAUCCUCCAUAAUGAACAAUUCUGAUCUGAAUAACUAAGCCUGCUUAAUUUCACAUGUUGGCUUGAUGAACAGCCAUUAGACUUUGCUUACUUUAGCAAUUCAUGUAUUUUUAUAUAGCUAUAUACUGUCUAAUCGAUUUACCUCUAGUGAACUGGAGAGUUUUGCCAAUCUGAUGAAAAGCUAUCAUAAUUCAAUGUUUGUGACUUGACCACAGAUGGCUGGUGUUACACAACCAUAAAUACACAGAAAUAAAAGUAUAUUUUUAUUGCUCUCUAUAAGUUUUGCAAACACUGUACCACUGUAUUUUUGGAAAUAUGAUUAUAAUGUUGUAUUUCUAAUUAAUUUGCUUUUCAGGUCCACCGUGGUAUCAAAGGCUUUGUCAAAGAUCACCAGGGCAAUCCAAUUGCAAAUGCUACAAUAUCUGUAGAUGGCAUUGACCACGAUAUUACCUCUGGUAUGUAUCAGAACUAGAAACACACACACAAAAAAAAAAGGAAAAAGGCACUAAAAUAUGUCUAAAAAAAAUAAAUAAAUGAGUGAAUUAUACAAAAAUUAUCAUAAAAAUCUAUAUAUAUCAAAACAAAAGCUGCACCUAUACAGUGUAGUAACCCAUAUAAAAUACACUCCUAAGAAGAAGAAAAAAAAGAACAGAAAAAAGAACAGAAAAAAGGUGCACUAUAUCUUUAAAACAAUAUUACAAACAAAUAAGCAACUAAAGUGCAGCAAGUAUAGAGUGCAAAAAAAGUGUGUAUUUGUUUAAAGUGCAAACAUUUUUAAACAAUAUAUUGUGAAAAAUGUGUGCAAAAAUACAGUGCCUUGUAAAAGUAUUCACCCUCUUGACUUUUUACCUAUUUUGUUACAUUACAGCCUUAAGUUCAAUGUUUUAUUAAUCUGAAUUUUAUGUGAUGGAUCAGAACACAAUAGUCUAAGUUGGUGAAGUUAAAUGAGAAAAAUAUAUACAUACAAAUAUUUAGAAAUAGAAAACAGAAAAUUGGCAUGUGCAUAUGUAUUCACCCCCUUUGUUAUGAAGCCCAUAAAAAGCUCUGGUGCAACCAAUUACCUUCAGAAGUAUGUUUAAUCAGCCACAAAGUGUCCAAAUUAAGUAAACACUUACUCUGAAUAACUUACAUAUUUGUUUGUAAUAUUGUUUUAAAUGUAAAGCACACUUUUUUUUCGAUUCGUUUUUUUUUAAUGUAUCUUGUUUUUUUUCUAACAGCUCCUCCUGUUUCCCUCUUUUGAUCUGUAAACCAAAGGGGAGAAACUGCAUCUAUAAGUGUGUUGUAAAACAUAUACAUAAUGUUUAUGCAUAUGUUGGUAUGUAUAUAUAAUGUCAAAUAUGGAAAGGCAGGGAGGGCUUAAUUAAUGAAGAGAGGAAGUGGAUAAUGAGCUUCCCCUUGCAGGCUAUGCACACUACGCAUGUCUGUUGCCAGAGCACAACAGAAUAUGUACAGAAUUGACAUCAGACUUUAUUAGACUCAAGGUUUGAGCAAUGUUUCUGCAAUGGUAAUGAACAUUUAUAAUAGAUUUUCAAAGGCUCAAACGCAGAGCCGUAACAUUGGUUUUAUAUUGAGUCCUAUAAAGUCUGCUCAUAAGCACGAGUUACAUUAUGUUUAGCCAUGCACAAGUCUAAUCAGAACACAAGUAACCUGCCAUUGAGAAUGCAAAGAGAUUAAGCCAGCAGGAACUCACUCAGCGGGUGUGUAGAGCAGAGAUUUCCAUCUUAUAACUGCAUCAAUUAUAAUAAAUAAAUAAAUGUUCCAUCACUCUGGAUUUGGUGAAGGAUACAUCCUUAAUUCCCCACGCAGGGAACUAUAGCAACUCUUCUCCCUCACUGAGGUCUUUGUCAUGUCCCCGAUAAGUGUGAAAAUGUUCUCUAUGUGUGGUGAAUUAAUAAAGAGAGUGUGCGUCAUACUAUAGCAAAAUAAAGUACAAAUGUUAACAAGUAUAUUUUAAAAAAAUGUAACAUUUGAGUUAUUUAAGUAUUUGUGUUUCAUGGUUUUCCAUUAACACAUUAUGUCAUCACAAUGCACCCCAUAUUAUUUGAUGCACUCUGUGUGUAAUGGGAACACUCAAAAAUGCUCCAUCAUUUGUUUCCUUGUUUGUGAACUCUGCUUAAUACCAUUUCUUGCUGUAGUUGCUCUAUAAGGAACCAUUAAAUAUUUCCCAAUAAUAAAUGGACUUUUAAAUAAAAAAUACCCUCACAGGAAAGAAGUGUAGGAUUGAUUCGAAAGUUUAGUAAAUAGAUCUGAAUAAAAUCUAUGCAAUGAUUGUGGACUGAGGAUCUUGUUGGGUGACCAAAGAUGUGUUGGUUGAUAAUCUCCAAUGAGCUAGUCAACCAGAGGCAGUGAUUGACUAGCUCAGUAGUCUCUUAUAUGUAUACAAAUGAAGAAUUGAUACACAGAACAAUUCGAAAACAAAGCAAUAACUUACCUGAGCAGGACGUACAGCUUUUGGUAUUCCAACAAUUCAUACUUUUAUUCAACAAAGUGUAAAUUAUUGGAAAUUCAAGGUUAUUUCAAAACGAAGAUCAUUCUUUAAGCCAAAAUAGUCAAAUUAAAAUGAUAGCGGACUUGGAGACUUUUUCAGAAAUUAGUUAUAAAAAAUUGACUUUGAAUUUGCUUUGAAUUUCAACAAUUCAUUUUAGUGAAUAACCCUAUAAGUGUGAAAUGAUCUCUCUGGCAAGACAUGUUCAAUGAAUAACUACUCCUUACUUUUCAUUCAAAGUCUGUAAGAAGUAACAAGUGUCAAUAAAUAAAUACAUAUAUACAAAUGGGAGGGAUGGGGGAAGGGAUGAUUAUAUAAAAGCAGUAUUAACCGUCUUUACACUAACUGGACCAUAAAGGGAUGGGGACAAAUAAAUAAAGGCAAGCUAAAGUGUUUAGGGGUUUGGAGUGUUCCUUUAAAGAGAGAAAACCAGAAACUUGCUUUGAUAGAACAAAAGUAGACAAUAUUGUAAAGUACAACAAUAUUACUAACUAUAGUAAUCUACAUAAUAACAAUUAUAAAUAUAUAUAUUUAUAUAAAAUGCAGCUUUAGGGCUACAUUUUAAUGUCCCUGGGAAAGUGUUUAAAGGGUAACUGUAACACUUCUUCAUCAAUUCUGUUUUUUGAUGUUAAGAUGUUAAGUAAUUGGUUAAGUAAUUGGUAUUACUUUUAGGUCUCCCCUGUUGAAAUCCUGUAAAAAUUGUUAAAACUUACCUUCAAUCCACCAGGCACUGACUUUCCCCCUUCUGCUGACAUCAACCAGGGGCCUAGCAUUCUCCAAUCACAGGCCUCUCCUAGAGAUGCUUGUAUUUGGACCCUUUCACCGGCUCAGAGUGCAUGGGCUUGUUCUGGGCCGGUGAGGUUUGUGAAGGAGAGAGUAAGUGAAAGGACAGGGGAGGAAAAUUUAAAAAUAAAAACCAGCGCAAAACAAAUGGGGGGAGACGGAUAGGGCUUAAUAAACUAAGGGAAGGAGUAGAUAACAAGCUUGCCCUUGAGGCUCUGCAAGAUAAGCACUUCUGCUGCCAGAGCACAACAGAAAAUGCACAGAAUUGACAUGUGAGCCCAGAAAAAAGUUCUGGGUUGCCCAAGUUACACGAGCUGAGGUAUAACUAGCCUCUGGCACACUAGUGCCAAUAUCUCUGUAUGUGCUGUGUUUUAAAACUGGAACACUGCACUUAUAUACUCCGACCACCAUGACCACUUCAAAUCAGUGAGCUGGUCAUCAUGGUUGGAGUAACACUAUGUAAUAUUAUUAUCAUCUUAUAAGGACGCCAAAUAUAAUGUAAAAUGUGAACAUGUGAUGGAUAAUAAAACAUUUUUUUCCAAUAACCUUCAUAAAUUUAAUCCAAGAUAUAAAACCUAAGCCAUGAUCUAUUCUGUGAUUUCCCUGUUCUGUAUGUAAUGUUUACAAUAGACACCCACAUUGUAUUCUACCAGUUACAUGCAAUAAUAAAACAUGGCAAAGUCAUGGAUUAAAUUGAUAUAGUGAUGUUAUUUGGUUAAAUAUAUCAAGUUUCAUUUAUUUCAUCACACUAACAGAUUUCCAUUAGUAUUCCAUCUUAAGGUCAAGGACAUUUAUAAUGUGAUUACUAUAAUUCCUCAGCAAAUAAAACACAGAACUGCAAAGUUCUGCUUUUAAUUACUAAAAGAAACAAAGUCUUGUGAAAUGUAUUCCCUUUAUAAAAUCUAAAUUAUGACGGAUGAAUGUUUUAUUUUACUUUUUUUUUCCUGUCUGAGUAGGUAUAUUACCUCACUGAUGUUUAUGCGAAAAAGUAAAGUAAUGUUAAUAUAAUAUUAUUAAACGAACAAUAUUUUGAGAGAUGCACUUCAUGUAUCAAACCCCGAUCCUUGAUAAUACAAUCAUUUGGUUAUUUAGCAUGUAAUGUGUGUAAUUAGGAAGCUAUCUGGCUAGGAAUGGCUACUGUACUCUAUCGCUCGAAGACCUAAACAGGGGGUAAUUAAUUGACUCUUUCUUCUCUUACAAAUCUGGAGGUGUACAUCUGGGCAUGGACAUGCCCGCUUGUGAUAUAAUGCAACGAGUAUUGCUACUCUAGCAAUAUGGGUUACAUUAUAGAUGUUAUCCUUAGUUGAAGUAAUUACUAUCAAACUUACCCCCUAAUGCUUUAAACAUUUAUAGAAGAAGAGUGACUUGUGUCUUGCGUAUUGAUGUCUUGAAGCAGUUCCGGAUGUGAUACCAUGCUGGUUGUCUCAUUUUUAAAGCUAUUUACUGUUUGACACAAACACAUGCCAGACACAACAUUGGGGUCUAUUCAGAAAAGUCUGACAGGAAUUUCUGGUUAAAACUUGGUUUAUAUAGCUAACUUGAAAAACAUUCUUAAAGUAAGGAAACCAAAAUUGUCCGAACCAUCCUGAAAUUGGUCUGGGUCCAUUUAAAAAGAUGAUCUUAGGUCUGAUACUCCUGAUGUUCUUUUCAACCCUACCAAAUUCCCUUUCAAAGUUGAUUAACGACUCAGACCUUUCAAAUGUUUCAAUUUCGUCUAGCAUACCAUGAGUGCAUUUUAUAAUGUUAUAUUUAAAAUAAAAUACACUCUUUUGUUUUCUGUUUUUACCACAGCAAAGGAUGGAGAUUACUGGAGACUUCUUGCUCCUGGGAAUUACAAAAUCACUGCAUCAGCUUCUGGGUAUCUAGCUAUAACCAAGAAAGUAGCUGUUCCCUAUAGCCCUGCUGUAAAGGUAAGUAACAAAUAGCUCCAAAUAAGUCCUUCUUUACAAAUAAAAAAUGCACCACCCCCCAAAACAAACUAUGGAGUGUCUGACAUCCAGUACUGAUAACUCAUUGAUAACGUGUUCUGACAUUCAAAUGGUAUUAUAUGUGUUUUCAAUGGAAUCCAAAUCCAAAAAUAUCUCAAUCUUUUUUUUUCCUGCAGGUAAAUAUCAAAUUAUAGGUUGUAAGCCACCUUUAAAUUAGUUGCUGACUUUUUUUUCAUAAUCUCCACCCAGAAAUAGCGGUUUGCGUAUUCGGUUCACUAAACUCAAUUUGCAGUCACAUUUUGAAAUAAAUCCUUAUCUGCAAUUUUAUUACAGAGCAAUUCAGCAUUGGCUAAAAAACCCCCACCAAAAAUAAGACCAUAAACAGGGAAAGAGGGUGUUCCUACACAGUGUACAAUUUGUAGAUUUAUUAAAAGCCAAACUGCUUAUGAAUUUGCUCAAUUGGAGAGACAUAUUUCCCUUCCGAUCUGUAUGUUGGCUGCUUGGACAAACUGUUAAAAUAAAAAUGAUUUGUUCUCACUUUUGUUUUCAAUAAUAUAGAUCGACUUUGAUCUGGAGUCUUUAUCAGAAAGGAAAGAAGAAGAAAAAGAACAAUUGAUUGAAUGGUGGAAGAUGAUGUCCCAGACCUUAAAUUUUUGAGAAAAGCUCUGCUGACAUUACUUUAAUUAUAUAUUGAAUUGAUUUGCGAUAAUGUGGACCAGAAACAUAGGAAGGUGUGCUAACAAAUAUAUAUAUAUUGUAUGUACUUUUAUGUAUAUAAAUAUAUAUAGUACAUGUGUAUGAAUAUACAGUUACACACAUUCCUACAGGUAUUGGAUAAUAUGUAAUUUUGAACAUCCAGUGUAUGUAAACCUUGUGUUUACCAGUUUGGAUAGAAACCUGCAGUCUAUAGAACUGGUAGACUUUGAGUUAGAGAUAAAGUAGAACUUGGCACAAUUAAUACUGUGACAAAAUGGCAAACAUUUUACAUUUUAUACAUAAUUAAGAAUUACAAAUGAAGAAAUUCAAGAAAAAAAAAUGCAAUAUUCUGUGUUGAAGCCAUGUGUCAUAGAGCGUAUUUUAGUUUAUAAAAUGGUAUAGCACAGUUCUUGCCAAAAGAUAUCUUGGCAGUAUAUAUGUAGAAAUAAUGCCAAUUAAAACUGUAGUGGUAUAAAUAUAUUGCCAUUAUUUCUUAUUUUCUUAGGUUCAGCUAUAACUGAAUGUGAUUUGCAUUUUAAUGUUUACAUUACAAAUAUGCUUAUAUUAUAAGAUUAAACAUUUUGUCUCGUGUCAUACUACUUACAGAAUCAAGCAACUAUCCUAUGAAAAGUGACCAAUCUAAUAUUCUUUACUAGAAUUCGGCUUUCAAAAUUCUUGCUCCCAUUAACCCUUUCAUGCUCUCACUGGUGAUCCAUGUAUUGCUGUCAUGUGUUUCUCAUCCCUCUACCACUCAAAAUGUUAAUCUAAAAUUUGUGGUUUUCUAGUUGAAGUUAACAACUACAAUGCAACAUUUAGGUUGGCCCAACUUUUCCAGUAUCCUCUUACCACCGUUAAAACCCAGUCCUGAUAUUUAUAUUGUUAGUAAGUCAUGCAUACUGAUAUUUAUUCCACAUCUCUUUUAUUUUGUGGUGUUGUGCUGAUUAUUAUAAUAAAAAAAAAACUGUUGCAAGUAAGUUGUGAAACAAAAGUCAGUUUUGAAACAAAGACCUAAAAAUGAAUGGAUUAAUGAAAUGUGAAUAAGGAUGUGCAAAGAUAAUUUAAACAUUUCAAAAGGUCACCAUCAACGUUACAUAAUUCCAAAAGUAAUGAUACAGAGAGCACUAUGAGCCCACUCUUAUCUAUGAGAAUGGCUUAGAACUGGGGCAGUUUCUAAGUUUGUCUCUCAGAGUUUAGAAUGCACUGAGCUUUGAGAUCCAAGCCUUGUAUCUUAAAUAGAUACUAUAGGCUUCAAAACAACGUUAGCAGCCUUGGUAUAUAGAUCAUGCCCCUGCGGUCUCACUGCUAAAUUCUCUACCAUUUAGGAGUUAAAUCACUUUAUUUAUACAGCCCUAGUUACACCUCCCUGCAUAUGACUUGCCCAGCCUUCCAGAACACUUCCUAAAAAGGAACCAAGAUAUUCUAGAUUCCAUUAUUGCACAAUCCAUGUAAUCUAAAAUUUCUGAUAAUUUCUGAUCUACCUCUCUGUUAAUAGUUUUCUAGACCCUGUAGGAGCCUCUUGUGUGUGAUUAAAGUUCAAAUUACAGAGAAGGAGAUAACAUUUCUAAAGUUAACAUCUGGAUGAAAAUGAAACCAUUUUGUUCAUGCAGGUUGUGUCAAUCAUAGCCAAGGGAGGCGUGGCUAGGGCUGCAUAAACAGAAACAAAAGUUGUUUAACCCCUUAACGCCGUUACAGCGUUCUAUGCCGUCCCACAUUUGAUGGGCUUUAAAGCCACUGUAGCGACAUAGAAAGCCGUAAUGGCUUUUAGCCUCAGGAGCUCGGAGGUACUUACCUCCACCGCGAUCCUCUUCGGGAGGAUUGCCUGACAAAGAGCGAUCACAUGGCCCCCUAUAGCUGGCUGUGGUUCUGCCAGCAGGGGGACUGUCUGAAAUGACAGACAGUCCCCCUGCUGGUGGGGAGGUG